CGUCGAGCGAACCGUGUCCAACCGCUCUCCGCGCGUAUUUCAUUAUAAAUAAAUACGAUUACAAUAAUAUUAUCGUACCGGCUGCUAUUGCCGCACUGACCGGACCGCGCGCACGCCACACCGUAUCGAAAUAUUAUCGCUUGUUCCGUUUCGUACCGUUUUCGACGUUGCGCAGCCGACGCGGUAAAACGCUUAACGCUCGUCCGACGUCCCGCGAAAUCGUCGUCCACGAAAUGCGUCGUUCGCCGCGUACCCAUUAGCCGCGGGGAACAAUACUUAAACGCGCAUUCAUAUAAAUCGCUCGUCUCGUCCGCGACAAUCAACGCAACACGAUUAUAUUAAUAUUGUUUUUCGUAUAGCCCAGAAGACGACCGCGACGCAUCAUCGUCCCCGUAGUCUCGCGGUAGCGCUCGCGAUGGUAGACGACACCAAGUGCAGUUCGGCCGAGGACGGCACGACCACGGACGAGGACCGGGACGUACGCGUCGAUUCCGGCGGUUCGGACGAGGAGCUGUGCAUGGACGAAGAGGACGAAGACGACGUGUCGCCCACCUCGGCGCCCGGAGCCCUGACUUUCGGCAUUUCCCGUCUGUUAGCCGGCGGCGGCGGCGGCGGCGGUCGCGGCCACGACGGAUCGUCCAACAACAAUAAGCGCUCGGGGUCCAUGUCCGCCGGCACCGCCGCGGCCGCCGUCUCCGGGCCCGCCGAGGCGCUCGCCUCGCUGUACGCGGCCGGCCACCACGCGGCCGUGUACCACCACUUGCACCAGCAACAGCAACAGCACAUGGCCGCUGCGGCCGCCGCACACCAGGCGGCUGCGGCGGCUGCCGCAGCCGAGGCCGCGAAACAGCCGGCCGACGACAGCGGUAAACAGCCGUACCUGCAGUACACCGGCGCCGCGGGCGUCAUCAAAGUUCCCGCGCACAGACCCCAUCCUUCCGGCGGCGGAGGCCCGAGCCCGAUGCCGUCGCCGUGGGCCUCGGCCGCCAUCGAUCCCGUGUCGUUCAUGCAGCGGAACGCUUUCCUGUUCGCCGCCGACAAGAACCGACUGGCAGCAGGUACGUUUUGUUUUCACAUAUUUUUUUUUUAUUAAUACUCUUAUUGGUUAGACUUUGGGGCGUUCGCGAAAAGCGAUGCGCGUAUUCAAUAGGCCGUUGAAAAUAUCAUCCGAAACAAUGUUAGAUACCAUAUUAUAAGUUAUAAUCAGUAGCUACUAUAACUUAUGAGUUAUAAUUUGAAAGUCGAAGUUAAUUUUGUUUAAACUUUUAAACUCAAUUCGCUCAUUACUCUUAUCGUCAACGACUGUUCGACUAUUUAGUUUCGUUUCUGUCGUAUAAUAAACUCGAUUUUUUACAAUAUUGAAUUACACAUUUAUAAUUAACACCGAUCGAAAACGUCUAGUUUUUUAGGUUUUUUUCGAAAAUGUAUUACAAUAAAAUAUAUUUGUAACGUUAUUUUCAAAAGUUCAGUUAAUCUAACGAUUUUCGUUUACAUUUUAUAACUAACAAGUGGAAUCCAUCAAUUUUUCUAGAUGUUCUUACGGUUUACACUAACUGGACUCUCAUAGUCGAUAUUUCCCAGACUCGAUCCUUUCAUAAACCGAAAUUGAAUUUAACAAUCCCCCCCUCCCUUUGUUUCCCGCCACCGUUAUUCCUGACCCGCAAUUAAUCGUUAUUGUUCGGGAAUUUCAUUGUUAUUUAAAAAGCGCACUUUCUGUGACGACCAAAUCAAUUAAUCACGACCGUCUUUAAUAAUCAUUAUUGUCAGUUCGUCCGGGUGGUAACCCCGCAGAAUUCAAUCGAACGAAAUAAGUUUCGAUCGCUUUUUAAAGACGGUGGCGGUUUAAUUUCGCGAUAAGAACAUCCCUCGUUUCGAGUGUCGGGCCCGCGAACGGUUUCAUCGGAUUAUAGAGACCGGUAAAUUUGUAAACAGCCGACCGAAUUACAGUUUUCCGGUUCUGUACGAUUUAACCUGAUCGGGCCGCGCACAUUGUUUUCGUCGCCGGCCGUUGUUUACCGCUCGCGAACUCGCUAUGUAACCCGUAACGUUUUCCCCUCUCCUCCACCCCUCCCCCCGCCCCGUUUUAUCGGAUUCGAUUUGUUUAACCUCGUUGUUGUAUGGUACGCACCCGGCGAUACGUCCGCCGGCGCGUCAUGAAUUAUUCAAACGGUCGUUUCGCGCGCACACGACACAUAACAAUUGUAAUACCGACCGAAAAAUCGUAUGCCGGGAGAGUGUCGUACACCCUUCGUGUAACAUCGAGGCGAUGACGUUUCGAGCAGAUCGACGACUAUGGACCGCGUCCGUGUCAUCGCGCGUCGAUUUCGCGGAUUAUACGUCGACGACGUUACAGGUACGCGCGGUUGUUACGAUACGUUUUGCAACGGUAAUAAUUCAUUGUUAUUAUUCCGUGAGUGUACACGCGAAUUUUUUAAUUCGGAAAAAAAAAACCCGAUCCACUUUCUCCGGGCCGUCGAUUAGGUGUACGCGCCCGAAACAACGCGAGGGGAGGGGAAACAAACGAAAUCCGAUCGUACGGGUCCGUCGGUGGGGGGUACCGGGGGGAUGGCGGAGCGAAUGCGAGUUCCCACACGGGACACAGCGGGUGAAAAUUGCCCGUGGAUACGCGCACGUAAUUAGUACCGGCACGAAUGGAAAUCAAGACGAAUACGGAUUUCCUUCCCUCCGAACGCAUAAGAAAUUGCGUCUAUUGUUAGUGUCAACUGUCCGUUAAUAAUCAACGAGUACUGAAUGCAAUAAAACGGAUUGUCCAUAAAAUGUAUAACAUACUGAUAAUAACAGAUUAUAGACGGUAUAAGACCGGUACGCGAUUACUACACAUGGUGAUAGAUUAAAUUUUAUGAAUCCCUGGGCUCUGCAUAAUAUCAACUCUGUCUCCGCACUACCCUAUAAAAUCAUUUGCAGUCUUUCUUGUAUUUUUGACCGCCUAGCAACUUUAAUAUUAUAAUAGUAAUUCUGGUACUCUGGGUCCGUGCGCUUUUGUCUUGGCUGUCCUCUGGGUCCGAUUAGUCCUUCUGAUUUCACGUCCCGUCCAAAUCGCCAUCAUACAUAUUAAUUUACUAUUUUUUAUUCAUUUAUCCCUAUUUCUUUUCUCUAGCUAAUAGCUCUUCGAGCGCCUUAGCUGUCAAUACAAAAUUUCCAUCCAUCCGUCUCCUUAUCUCUAGUCCGUUUUUUUUCCGAUCGCCAUUUUCCAUUUACUCCGGGUCUUUUUAACCACACGUCCAGUCGACGCUUUCCGGAUUUUCGUUUUCCCGUUACCUGUUGGUUUUAUAUACAGUUGCUCGGAUUCCCCUCGACUCCGUUUUCCCACGGGCGAAUUAUCUCAUAUUGUGUAGUGCAUGCACACGUUAUAAUUACAUAAAUAUAUUAUACCGGCAAAUCAAAUUUACAACGAUACGUUUAAAAAAAACUCCCGUUUUUUUGUUAUAGCUGGCGUACAAAUUACAAUAAUUCUGAUUGUACGUACCUAAUAUAGGAGUGGGUGAUACGGGCAGUAUAAUACGACGACGAUGUACUGCAAUUAAGUAUCAUAUACAAUACUUAUAACUGCGGUAUAAUUAUCAUUUUGUUUCUCGUGAUGUAUAACGUCGUAUAAUUAGUUAUCGCCAUUCAAUAGCCAGGUAAACGCGUAAAUGUUUAAAAAAAACAACAGUGUACAAAUCCCUUCAUCGUGUCUCGUUCCGUUCCGUAUUCUUUGUGUCUGUAUAGUCCAAUCGGAGUGGCACCCGUGACUAAUUAUUCCGUGUAGACGACGACUAAAAUGCAAUUUUUUUUUUAACGAUCGUCAUGUAUAGUAACGAUAGCGUUUAAAUUAACACCUUUAUAUACAGUUGAACUUCAUCACUGUCGUUGAAUUAAUUUGCUUUAUUCGCGCAUUAAGGUGUAGGUAUAAAAUUAAAAAAAAAAAAAAUAAUAAUAAUAACCGCCGCUGCCGCCGCCGCCGCCGCUGCCUCUUUGAAAGUUUAUUUAUUAUAAGUACUUAGGGAGUUUUAAUUUUGUUUUCUUUUUAACGCGAGCCAUUAUUUAUGUUACCCGGUUAUUUUUUUCCAUUCGUGGUAAAAUUAUUUCAAAACAAAUCGAAGAAUAUAUUUUCAAUAAACAUAAACCGGUACAGGGGCCAAGUUUCCGAAUAUCACCUGCUGAAAAGGUUGCGAUUUAGGGGUUAUUUUUUUUUUUCUUGGCUUGAUCUAGACCAUUUAGGCUCAUGGCCGCUUCCACAAUCUUCCUCCAUGCGUCUCUAUGUUUUGCCUAUUCUUCUCCAUUCAGCAUUCACGAUAUUCUAAGAUCUCUUUGAACUUUCUCGCUCUUUCCAUCGCUGUCUUGGCCUUCCUCUUGAUCGGCUUUUAUUAGGUUUCCAUUUUAUGAAAAUCCCUAUACGUUGACUCUCUGUCCUCCAUACAUGUCUGGCACACUUUUAUCUCCAGCUCAUAAGUGUGACCACUACAUUGGUAUCCGGAAAAUGGAAUAUGCGUUAGCAUAAUUAAUUCACUUAAUUUCCAAACACAUUUUUCAUUUGUUGAUAAUUUUUGAUAUUCCUGUACAUGUUAUGUAAGUUCGUUAUUUUGCGUUUGUAGGGCGUAAAAGAAUCAGAUUUUUUUUAAGGCAUUUUCAAGAUUUUGUGUGGCAUUAGAUCCUCAGGCCUAACUAUAAUAGUCUACGUAGGUUUUCAGUUUGAUCCGUUUUUGCAGUAUACUCCGCAGUAUAGUCCGCCUGCAUUUCCCGUAUUGUAGUAUAAUAUACGAAUCGCAUCUCUUCGCCGUGAUCUGUUUAAUUUGUUCCAUUCUGUAGGUCUUCCUAUAGUAGACAUAUUAACGAAUGCGCUUUUAUCAUCCCCUACUUCCUGUGUAUAUUGUGUUUGUGAACAAUGUUCAGAGAGAAGGAUAACGAUUAUAGUUAAGGACAUUCGUGUAUUACGCGUCACGAAAUUGAUUAUAAACACCCUCAUAGACAUACCAUCAAGCCGACAGAUGGAUAAGUAAUGACAAUAUUUCACGGAGUAAAUGAAAAUAUCAAAUUAUUUCUUCCUCGGGCGUUGCCGAUUAGCACUAUGUCUGUCAUUCGAUGUAUCGCUUACUCGUUUUCUCGGUUAAAAGCAGAGUCCAUUUACACGCCCGAUUCUCGUCAAACUUUUCCGUAAUGCGUGUUCUUCUUUCCGAUACAUAAUCUACACCAAACAAAACUUAACUUACCCACAUAAUCAUACAGGUAGGUACUUUAUUCACCGUUUAUUUCUCGUUUGUUAAUCUCUCCGAUAGCUGUGCUUGUUCUCAACGUUAUUCUGUAGCGCCGGGCGCUACCUAUCGACCGAGACAAAGUUUUACGACGCGGUUCUCCUGUUGAAAAAACCAAAACAACCGUCAUCGAUCACAAGUAUAGAUUGCACAAUACGACUCGGCCGGGUAGACCGCGCCGUAUAAUAAUAAUCCCAGGUACCUAUACGUAUUAAAAUUAAGCGCGUGAAAUUCGGUAAGGCGUUUGGUAGCCGUCGCGAUUCAUUCGAAAUUCGUUACUUUGGUGCGUAUAUUAUUAUUUACUACCAUAUGUCAUGAUAUCGCGUUCGGCAUUUUAUCGUUAUUAAUAAAACACGUUUUCGGUAUACGGCGGCGGCGAAAAGUGGCAAUUACACUAAAAACCGGCCUUAAUUGUUAUCAUCGUCGAUGUUGCGGUUGUUAUUAUAUUACAGUAGUGUAUACCCGUGGCUUGUUUUCUGCGCGUACGCGUUUAAAACGCUCGUUUCUGCUCGCCGAGUCGCGUUUAUAUUAUAAUGAUAAUAAUUUUACCAGAAGCGGUUCGCCGCGGUUAAUUAACGUUAACUGCGCGUGUACAUAAUAAUAGGUACCUGUAUAGUCGCAGGUUUCGAAUUGCUUCGUUUCGCCUUCGUUACAUUAUUAAACGACACGUUUCCACGGCAGUAAUACACGUUUACCGCAUCAUGCUCGUAUAACGAAAUGCAGCGUUAUAUUUUUUAUUAUUUUUGUAUUUUUGUCGACAGUCGAAAACCAAUUUUCCGAUCGUUUAUAUCAUAUUUUACCAGCGAGACGUAAAACGAUUGGCCACGAAAUCGCGCGAUUACGCGUCGUGCAAUUCGGUACGCUUUCGACUUGAAUGCUAAAAUUUACAAAAACACGAGGUUCGCGGUUUGUUUCGUUUUGCGAGCGUCAAUUGUAGAAACUUUUCCGCUAGGAAAUUUCGUCUAGUCGGUGCGUCGCGGUGGCCAUUUUUCUUCUUUUUUUUUAUGGGGGGGGGAUUUUUCAUUUGGUUUUCUUAAUAAUCGAGAAAAAUCGUGAGGAAAAAGUGAAAAUGCACGCAUUGACAGUUGUUUUUUCGUUUAUGAUACGUAAAACCAUGAAAUUCACACAGAAUAUUCUACCGAUUUUCGAUCUAUUUAUAAGCGUUUAAAAUAUUUUGAAUGUUGUUUAUUGGGCGGACAAAAUUGUUUGAACAAAUUUAACACAGGGUUUAUUGUCAUAAAUAUUGUACUUAAUGAUGAAAAAAAAAAAAAAGUCGAAAAUAAUGUAGUACCUAGUUUUUGAUAAAAAAUAGAAUACGAAACAAAAAACGACGAGUACCUAUACAAUAGUACCGCCUAUAGUCAGGUAUCUACUUAAAAUUAUUUUGUUCGUAUAAUUACGCGGUGCGUUUUGUCUCUUAUACAAUUAUGACCAAUAUUUAAAACGAAAAAAAAACUCGCUCGAAAAACGCUCGGAGAGGAUCAUCGCGUGUUUAUAUAGCGGCUACCGAAUUACUUAACGCGUGUACAGAAUUCCGAGAGUGUAAUAUUAAAAAAAAAAAAAAAAAAACAACACGGGUAAAAAACCGUUUGUAUACCUAUACAGUUUGUUGAUGCGGUGCAGUCCGAACGCAUAUAAUGUAAUUACAAGGCAAUCUUUCACUGACAGGAGGCGGACAAACGUACAAGUACUAUAAUAUAUAUACGUACCUGUAAAAAAAGAAAACAAUUAUUUUUCGUGUAAAUAUACAGAAAAAAAAAACCACAUACACAAAAAGUGAGUGUAUAUAACAUAUACAUAUAUUGUGCAAGUAAUUUUGUAAAUAUAACCGUAUUUUUUACCGAAACAAAAAUUAUACGUCACCUUGAAAAACACGGGCUUUGUAUAAUUAUAUUCUUAAUUAUAACAAUAAUAACAUAUACGCACGCGUGCACUCGUGUUGUAUAGGUUAGGUCAAGUGCCGAAAGUACAAGCAGUCCCGGAUUAAGUGCUUCGCGGCAGCAAUAGAUGUGAGUCAGACGACCGCGGUGGUUAUAGCGGGGAAAUUUCCGAAGGGGCCGUACCGUAAAUUGAGUGGCGUUCCCGAGCACCAACUGAAUUCAACCGAACUUUCAGGAAACCCGUCACGGGGAUACAAGGCUUUCAACGUGUUUCUCUCUCACAUUCAUUCGUUUGUAAAAUGUUUUAUUUCGAUAGGGUUUAAAAAUUAACCGCACACCCCCGCCCCCUCCCUCCCGGUCUCCGUUAAAAUCACAUAACCCUAAUCUAAUGGGUGUCGGAGAAUUUGUUUUUAGUACAACCAAUUCGAGUUUUUAAAAUUUCGUUAUAAACGUCUCGGCGGCGUUCACUUCUUAGACUAAAAAAUGGACGGAUAAUCGCAUGUGAAAUAAGAAGGGCUACCGUGUUUAAAUACGUGAAAAAAAAAAAAUUCGAUACUGCUCGAUUCCGAAAAAUCGUUCGAAUAAAGUGCGACGGUUUAUUUCGAUUUUCCCGAUUCGCGCACGUCGUUCGGUACGAGGUGCAGUUCGUACGGUUUCGGCCGAUCCAAUCGAUUGCAAUUACGACGCUUACGCCCGCACACGCCGCGAUACGAUUCAGUUCGUUGUAAUUAUGCGCGUUUACAUUAUAAUAUACUCCGCCGUGACGUUUGGUAAAUUAAUUAAUUAUCACGGAGAACACCGGACGGGGAGCAAAAAAAAAAAAAAAAUUAAGCAUUAAUACGCUGCAAUGUGCGUUUUAAACUGCAGCUGUACGUAGCGCGCCGUUGCGCGUUUAAUUACAUUAUCCACUGCGUAAUUCGCGCGCCGUUUAAACGUUUUUGCGCAAACUAAUUGUUCGAAUUGUAUUAAUAAAAUCGAAUUAAGCGAUGGUUAUCAAUUCAAUUAUUAAAUAAAAUACUAGCGGUUUUUUUUUUCAUGUAUACAUAUAUAUACGAAAGUGCAUUUACCUUAAUUGCACACAUUGUAUACGUGCGUAAAUACCAAUUUUAUUAUCGUAGGUAGGUACGUAAUAAACGGAAUUACGAGUGUUUUAUACACUAUACGGUAUACGAAAAUCCCGCGUUCGUUUCGGCCCGUUAACUUUUUUCAUUUGUAUAAUAUGUUUUUUUUUUUUUUUUUUUAAAUGAUAAAUAAAUAAAAUAGUAAACUAUCUGGUUUUUUUUUUCCUUCGAGCAAAAUAUCGGUUUAGGUUCGUCCGUGCAGUCCUUCGAUCGUUAACCUUCCCGGGCACUAAAUUUGUGUAUUUAGUGAAAUAGUGUAAUAGUGAAUUUCCCGGGGAAAUUCACUUUUCCCGGGCAAUACGUACAAAUAAUACGGUUUUUUUUUCAAGUCUAUAAAUUAUAAAACCAUUCAUUAUUGCUUCAUUAGACACUAAAAAAAAGUCGUUUUUGAUAAAAAGCGUGACGUAUUAUCGCGCUGAACCAAUACCUCUGAACCAGAAGUCUGAUAUUAUAUAAAAACAGGGAUGCGAAAUAAAAACAGAUUUUUUUUUUGUUUUAAACGUGUAUUUUUAAAUUUUUUUUUGUAAAUAUCAUAUUAUUUAUAAAUUAUAAUAAUAGUUGAUUAUAAAUAGAAAUUUAUCACGGUUAUAUAAAAACAAUAUAACAACUAAUUGAAAAAAAAAAUGGUACUUCUUUAUCAAAAAAUAAUAGGAAUUGGUUAUUUUCAUUUAUAUUUUCUGAAUGAAUAGAAACCAUAAUAUGAAUACCUUCACUCUUCACAACAUAUUAUAGUUGUUUAAAUUGUAUUUAUAGUUUUGAACAUAUAUACAACGUUCAAGCAUAGGGUCUCGUUUAAAAUGUUUAAAACGCCUCGAAACCCCAUAUAGUAGUAACACCACUUUUCGUAGAGUUGCAGGCGUAGGAUAAAGAUGAAUUUGUUUGAAUAAAAUAAACCGUGGGUCGAUAACAUGCCUAUAUAAUAAUAUAUAUGUAUACUGUAUCAUAAACACACGAAUAAUAAUUGCAGUUGUGUUUUGCAUGUACACUUACCUGUACAGUAUAAUAAUUAUAAUAUUAGGUGUACUCCUCGGAGUAUUAAUUAUUAAACCGACGUGGACGACGUGUAUUAUCUGUAAUACGUGUAUACAUGUAUGCGUUUUUAAUGUACGUGUAUAUUAUUAUUAUUAUUUUUUUUUUUAUGAAUUUACAUUUAAAUAUUGGGGAAAAAACCGAGUUAAAUACGUUUAGCGCGGCGGCGUUUGCAAAAAUGUUAAUGGUACGUACAAUAAUUAUUGCCGUAUUAUAAUAUUUAAGUCGUUGCCCGUUUGUGUAACCAUAAUAAUAAUAUCAUUACGUGUGUGUUUAACGUUUAUUGUUGGGCUCCGACAAAUCCGGUUUUUUCAUUUUUUUUUUCUUCAUAAUUUAGUGCGGGUUUUAGCCGUUUUUAGGUACCCAUAAUUUAUGCACUGCUCGCAACGAUAUAAUAGAUAGCUGUACAGUCGACCGGUGAAUAGUGUAUGGGUAUUAUAAUAUCCGUAUAGGUGUAUAUACAGGGCGAUCCUUGAACCCGAAGUGGCUCGCUAUUUUUCCGAAGAUGAAUUCAAGUAAAUUUGAUUAUAUAGAAUAAAAAUUAUUAUUGUUUAAUCCGCAUAAUAUAACACUAAAUUCAAUCAUUGUACGGUCGACGGUUCGAUUUUCGAACAGAACAAACAAUAUUUAUAUACAUUGAAACUUGAAAUCGAGCAUAUGUUUAAUUUUCGUAACACUGUAAUACGAACUGUAAGAGUUUGAAACGUAGGUUGAACGAGUGUGCAACAGGGAAGAUAAGGGUCACUGCAGUGAUGUAAACGUGAAAUUGAUUACCCUGAAUCAUAUAAUAAUAUACACUUCCGGUCUAAAUUUUAAACUGGUACGUGAUAUAUGCACACAAUAUUAAAAUUUCAAAAAUAUUAUAACAUUUUAAGAUUUCAUAUCAAACGAUUUUUCCAUAACCAAAUAAUAAUCAAUCGAUAUUAAUCUAGAAAUCUUCGCCUAGAUAAUAUAAUACUACUUAAUUGCGGGUUCUUGAUGAAACAAUCACUCUGUAUAAUAUAUCGUUUUAUACUAAAUGAUGGUGUUAAUACACAUAAAUGACUUAAGGGGACUGCGCGUGACCUGUUUUUUGAUUAAAAACAUGUUUUAAAGGGGUGGGGGGGAAUUCUUCUGCUUCAUAAAGUGACCAUUUCGUCGGCAAUUAUAUUUUUCUUUAAAAAGAUGAAGACUUCUAUUUACAGAGUGUAUUGGAAUUAUAUUUUGAAAAUUAUAAUUUCAAUUAUAAUUCUAGUUCGAGCAUGACCAAUCUUUUACUAUUUGUUUAACUUAUUUAUGGUUUUUGUCCAAAAAAUCAAAAACUGAAGUCCAAGUACGCAGUAAGGACUUUUCUUUUUCUAAAAUGAAAAAAAAAUUAUUUAUACAUUAAAAUUGGACGUCUCUAAAAGACUGACGGCAGGAUUAAACUCUCCUGUUAACCCUGUAAUACAUGUUUUGAGGAAAAAUACAGGUUGUGCGCAGAUCUAUAAAUACAAAAACUAAAAUUAAUUGCAUUUUUGUUAAGAACUGUUAAGGCUUUUUUAAUUGUAAAUGUUAACAAUUCGUACAACAAACCACGAACAGGAUCCUUAUUGCAUAACCCAAUCUUAUAUAAAACCAUUUUCACUGCGAAAAUACGACGCGAAUUCAAACGUUUUGUCGUUAUUAUAUCGUCUCGGAACAAACGAAAAAGGCCUUACAGUAAUAGACACAUUUUCGGUGUUGACAAGACGCACGGCAUAAUAUAACAGGUCAGGUUACGAACGGAAAACAAUAAAACAGACGUUUUCUUUAUGUGCGUAUGCGUAGGUGCAUACGGCGAGGCGAUCGUGAGCUCACGUUUACCCCGCGCGUAUUUGUGCGCAUUAAAUAUUAAUCAGUAGCGUAAAGCACACACACGCAAGAACGUGAAGACAAAAAAAAAACCACUGCAAAAAAAAAAAAAUUAGAAAACAAAAACAACUCGUGUCGGCGAGCGGCAAUAAGACGAACGUCGUCGUCCAGAAAAUAACGCGCAGCUGCUGCAGGUACAUCACGAAGUGUCUAGAAAGUUUUUAGAAACUACAUAUGGGUGCGAUAAUGAUUAUUAAUAAACUAUUUAACCUGUAUGAAAUCAAAAACAAACACACGACAAUGAUUUCUUUAUAGUAGAGCAAGUAUAAUAUUAUUCGAAUUGAAACGUUUUUACUUAAAAUUCCGAGUAGGUAUAGUAAAUAAACUUUUUGUUUUAAAAAGACAAGUGCUUUCUUUCUCUCUCUUUCUCUCUCUAGGAAAACACUUUUUCGUUAGUAAAAAAAUUGCUCCAAUUUUUUCACUCAGUACCUUAAAAGAUACGAAAUUUCUGCCCGGUUUUAUACUUAUUUUAAAAAAAUUCAGCUUUUUACUUCCUAAUAGGUCCUCUUUUUUGUUGUUUAAUUUUGUUGAUUUCUGGGUUACCUCGGCAACAACGGAAAACUAGACUAAUACUACUCUGCUCAGAACCGUUUUUUCGUUUGCAAUAAUUCAGUAUAAAUAUAAAUAAAAUAAACCCUGUAUAUCUUACCCACUUACAACAGUGGCCUACCCAUGAGCAGUAUCAACUUUAUAAAAUUGCAAUCAUAAAUUUUAAAUAACAAGUGAUGGUUAAUGAUGUAGGUUUUAUUUAAAAUCGUAAUAAUUUUGUAUAAAAUUGAAAUGCAAAAAACAUCUAUCUAUGACAGAAGCACAAACUUUUAUAAUAUCGACAAAAUAUAUCAUAUCCAUGCAAUUGCCCAAAAGUUUACAAAUACAGAGGAAUAUGCGAAAGUUUGGUUAUUUGUGAAUAUGUUAUUGGUCGAUCUCGGUCGUUCAGAUUAUAGGAUACGGGCAAUUCCCUCGCGGAAUCUCACGGAAUUAUUGUAAAGGGAAUCACACGUACGUCAAUUGUGGAUAUUUGACCCAGAUAAACUUAAACGAGAAUGAUGACCUUUUUCAGAAUUUAUCACUCGCAGUAAAUAAGAGUUACUCGUAUAAAUAUUCAAGUGCUUUAAAAUAUAUAAUAUAACAAUAUGUUUCAAUAAAUGUAUUAUUUAUUCGUUUUAAUAUACUAUCGAGGUCAAAAGUAAGGGAAAAGAAGGGAAAAAAUAAAAAUCCAAAAUCGGAUCACGUAUAUAAAACGUCUAGAUCUAGAUCUAGGUUCGCACCCGAACACGUUAUGAUAUACAUAUACCUAUACAUAAGACAUAACUAUGUAGGAGUAGGACAUUUUUUUAUUUAUACAAAUUAUUAUUAUUUUGUCAUGAAAAAUUAUAAAAUAUUAAUAUGAUUAUAAUCACUAUAAUUCUUAUUAUUAUCAUAUUAACAUUACGAAGUAAAAAAGCGAAAUAUUCACAAACUCGGACUGGUCAAAAAAUGUUCACGAAAUUUUUUACACAAUAAGUGUCUUGUUUUGUCGUUUAUAAUAUUUGUCUUUGGAGGACGCUAUACAUGCACAUGUGAGAUGAACGCAUAAUUACAUUUUGAUAUUUUAUAUACUCGUAUCUCUAUUAAAAAUUAAAAUAUAUCAACGUUGUACAGUCGCACAGAUAAUAUUCUUAUCUUUCAAUUUCAUAACAGAUCAAUUCACUUAAAUACUAAAACCGACAGCAUAAAGAUAUCCCGCGUGUACGCAAAUUUGCUAUGUCGUACGUUUGUAAGACGAAGACAACGAGUGCGGAUAUAAAGGCCAAUUAAUAUUUGAUAAUAGAUGUUAGAUAUACCGUGAUUGUUCAAGGAUCUAGGAAAAAGUGUUCACCCAAAGUUACUACCAUGAAUCAGCUAGAUUAUAGACUGCUAGCGCUCGUGUGGCAGCGUGAGAUUAUGUCGAGUUAAUAAAUUCCGCACAUUUUAGUAUCCGUAUCACACUAGUGAAAUAUAAAGCCACACGGAACGCGCCGUGUCAAGUUUCUCAACACGUCACAUCAAAUAUUGUGUGGGGUUUCUUAGACAUUCACUCACACCGUCGCACGAGCGCUAGCAGUCUAGAAACCGGCUAAUUCACGGAAGUUACUUCGGAGAACAUUUUUUGACGAUUCUAUCACAUAGGUCAUUCGGCAACCACGGUUUUGAAGGUUACAAGUCGUUAUAAAUCCGCAAGUAAUGAUCGCGUAUCGCGUCCUUUAAAUCGCAUCCUUAAAAGUCGGGCUUUUACCGAAAUUCCAAUUCCAAUAAACUACAACACAAGACCUACAACCGAUUUUAUUUCAUUCUACACGUAUGUCUGUGAACUCGAUUUUUCAUCUAGGUGCCCACGAUAAUAUCGCGAAUAAUACAAUAGUUUUAUUAUCUACCUCGAUACGAUAAUACGAAUACUUACGUGUCCCGGACUGUUAUUUGAAUUUCCGUAACAACAGACGCCGCGGCGUAUCAGUCCGUCCUCGUAAUCACAGAAAGGUCGCCGAAUUUAUUUGAAAUUUUAGCACGUUCGCAAAGAGGUCGGUCCGCGACGGAAAGAGGGGAUGGGGAGGAAUAGGCGGGGGGAAAUUGAAAAACAAAUCUUUUACCGUGCACACUCACCUAUAUAAUAUUAUACGUAUAUGUGUACGGGUACUAUAAAUCUCGGACGGCGCGCGCGUAAGGAAUACGCAAACAGGCGCGCGUUCGCAUUGGCCCCGACGCGUAGAACGAAAUUUAAUGUGUUAGAGGAGUUUCGCGGCGGCGACGGCGGUAUAACCUCAAAGAUAUCCGUAUAAACCUGUCCGGUUUUCCGUUCGUAACGCAUCCAUCAACUUCGGUUCGCCAGCGCAUAACCGUUUAUAACCGCGCGGUUGUUUACGGCGUUUAGAAAAAAAAAAAAAAAUGAUAUUUCAAUAUUCUAAACGCGCGCCGCACCUAUAUUAUAUACACUAUAAAUAUCUUGGGUAUACUAAAGUAUAUGUAUGGGGGAAUAAACGGUUUUUUAUUAUUAUUAUUUUUUUUUUUUUUAUCGGCGUUUUAUACGCGCCGCGGUCCCCGAAUCCGACAAGUGCAGUGACUUAUAUUUCCAAACCGUGUGCGUCCGUACACCGGUAUGUAUACAUUACAGGGUGAUCCGUUUUUAUCGCGAACCGGCGAUUUCCUCGGAGGAUUUCAAGCGAUGAAUAUGAUUUAUUUAUUAUUUUCCAAUCGUCGCGGAAUCGUUGAAGCUAUUUUUUUUAACGAUAUUUUCAAAUUGUUUACCACUCUACUCUCUUACACAUUAAAUUAGUGUAAUCCCCCGUCCCUCCCCGAUCCACCUUUUAAACGCAGAGUGGAAUAGAGAAUAUUUCAACAGUUUGAUAACAUUAUACAAUGUAUCGUUAUUAUUAUCGUUUACGAAUUAUAACGGUUUUGAGUUUAAGGAGAAAAUAGUGCUGGAAUACAGAUUAAUAAAGAAAAAAAAAAACUUGAAAUCGAGUUCAUUUAAAAUCGUCCGAGAAAAUCGCCGGUUCCCCUGUAUCGGAUCACCCUGUACGUACAAUAAUAAACAAAAUAUACAUAUUAUUAUUGUAAUAAUAUAAUAUCCACGUACACAAUAAACAAAUAGACGUCACCGUAGUUUAUGUACAAAUAACUGGUGCACUGGCAACCUUCCUACAUUUUCGUACGAGCGACUACGUGAAUGUUAAAUUAAUCCGACAAACGGUACACAGCAAUAUUAUUGCUAGCUGAAUCGCCCGGUAUUUUCCGGGACCAAUACUUCGAAAACAAAAAUCAAUACGAGAAAUCCAAUUUAACACGUGUCUCGGCGUUUCCACCCGUAUCUCUGUUUCACUGCAGUCAAUCGUCGUUGCGCGGUCAUUUAUCUUUUAAAAGGGUUUACUUCCUUGUUCCGUGACAAUCGACUUAGACAAUACCAUCUGUUUUAGAUUCUCGACGCCACGGGAGACGUAUUAGUUUCUACUAUAAAUUGUGCUUAUUUAUUUGUGUAAUUUGAUUUUUUUUCUUAGUGUCUGUGAACAAUUAAUUGUCUACUCCGGUAUACUCGUACUUUUUCGUAACAUUUUGGAAACAGUAUUGGUGCGUUGGGAGGUUGUUUUUUUUCCUCGUAGUUUUCAUUAGACUUUGGUAAAACCAGGGUAAAACGUACAGGACAAACGGGUGAAUUUACGGCACUUAGGACCGCGUCACAUUAUGCGGUUUUAUCGAUUUACCACUACAUAAUAUAAUUUUCACGAAUUUACAGGACGAAGACGAACCCAGUACUUUCGGGCGUUCUGAACUACAAAACGUACGGAUCCAUAAUAACGAUGAAUUGUAAUUGUCUUGUAGUCGUGGGAAGUUUACUUGGCCGCGGGUAAACUGUUCACGCGCUCCUGAGACUUCUAUUAUUUUAGAUUUUGUUUUUCUACCAGAGAUCUUGUUCCGAAUUUCAAGGAUAUACUCGUGUGAGCAUCUUUUCUGAAAUAAAAAUCGAUGUACAUGGAGGGCGUUUUUCGAUUCGCAUUGUAUUUUUCACUACGAUAAACCAGAAACGAGGAAAUCCCUUGACAUUUUUGAAAAAAAAAAAAACAGAAAAAAAAACAUUUUUAGUUACACAUCAUAUUAUGUACCAAUAUUAUUGGCCAUUCGAUUUCAAAUUUAAAUCCGUGAAGAGAUUUAAUACGUCUGGACAUUAUAUAAAAACCCUAAACCAGAUUACUAUAAUGAAACAUUUUUCUUUUUUUAUGGUUGGGAGGGGGUAUUUACUCAAAACGUAUACUCAAAAUUGGUACGAAUAGGUUGUUAUUUAUAACAACUAUAGCUGUGCGCGCAUCAUAUUAUAACGGGCUAUAGCGGAUUUUACAUUCGGUUGCCAUGGUAAAUCAAUACGGCCGUCGUGGUCGAUCAACAAUAAUCGUUUUAGACGGACAGUCUGACAGACGAAUCACGGGCUUUUAUAUUACACAAGAUGUGUCGUUCGACUUUUGAUUUAUCCCGUGUACAUCCACUUUAUCGGCGUGUUUCUCCUUCAAUCAAACGUCUACACUUAAGGUGAUCGAUGCGAUAUAAAUUGCAGCGGUUAAAAAACUGUACGUACAUAAAUAUAGGUACCCAUUUACGCGCAAGUUUAUCGACGCGAAAAAUAAAAGAAAUAUAAUAUUUUCGGAGCAGAUAUUAUGACAUAAUAUUAUAAAUCCGACCACGCGUGCGCAUUACGAGAUACACACUGCAAUCUCUUUUCGGGCAAUCGUUUAUUUCACUAUUUUUUUUUUUUUUACGCCACUGAAAAACGUACAUUUCUCUUGAGUAUUUCAUCAAAGCGGAUAUUUUCGAAUACAAUAAUAUUAUUAUAUUAUCUAUACGAAUCACACACCGCGUAUAGGUAUUGUGUGACGUACACCUAUACGAACAUAAUAUUAUAUUUCGAGCACACACGCGUAUUUAUCGCAUUUUAUAAUAAAAUGUACGAAUACAUAUUUCGCAACUUUAUAUAUAUAUGUAUAUUUUAUUAAUAUUUUUAAAAGCGAGUACGGUACGCGAAUACGUGAACAUUAGAAUAUUGCAUAUUAUUAUUAUAGGCGAAAAACGACGGCCGUGAACUCUUUGUUGUUCGGCGGCGGCCCGCGCGGUGGUUGCUGCUGGUACGCGUGUAUAUUAUAGAGCCGAGAACGACGUGGAAUGCAAAAUCCUUUGUAUUUCGUACAGUAUGCCUAGGCACCUAUAAUUAUCGUUAUUAAAUAAUAAUAAAAAAAAAAAAACGAAAAUAAUAAAAAAAAAAUCAUUAUACACCGGCAAGAAAUCACGAUUAAAAUCUUAUAUAGUUAUAGGUAUACUUUAUAUGGAAAACACAAUAUCCAUUGUAAUUUUUUAUAGGUACUCGAGGAAACGCCCUCGCCUGUAAUAAAUAAUAAUAAUAUAUCGUGUGUACUUAAAUAAUAUAUUUAUAGUUUUUUAUUUUUAUCGUGACCCGUAGUUAUGUACAGUGUAAUACGUAUUGAUAUAUGUAUAUUCUUAUGUAACCUAUUCGAACCUUUCGGCCGUUUCUUCGAUUACAUUAUCUCGUUAUUUAUCGCGUUUAAUACAUUCGUUGACCGUUGGUUUAAGAGUCUGAGCGAAGCGAGUUUUUUAUAUGUAUUUUUUUUAAAUUUUAAUUUAUAGCCACAAAAGACGAUGAGGCGAUCGACGGAAAGUAAGUAUUUCUUUCCGUGUUUAUGGUCCUUCUAAGUGUUAAAAAAUAAAAUAUGGAGAACACUGUACCAUUAGAACAAACGAGCGGACGUAUACCAACAGUACAUCAGAAAGGAAAACGUUAAGGUAUUUUUCGUAAGUGAAAGGAAUUGGGAGGAUAAUGGAAAACGUAAACGGGCUAUGGUGGAGGAAACGGAAGGAAAAACCAUUGUAGAGACGGUCUCUGGCAGAAAUGAAUGCACACGCUGACCUUAAAAAAAUGUGGAAUCAUAUAGGACAGAAGAGUGUAAGGAUGUGAGAUAAUAAUAUGGAGUGGAAUCAUACGGAAUCUACAGUAAAAAAACGGAAAUAAAAUGUUCUAGUAUUUGUUGGAAUAUUAAAUUCCGGAAAUAGCUGUAUAAGCGAAUUUUGUGCGGGCAAGUAAUCCACGAGAAUUCUAUUGAUAUUCUCUGAACUUCGCUACAACUGUACCGUCUGUACCUAUGUACCCUAUGUACCCCUAUGUACUCUAUGUGUCUUAUUGAAAACAGUUUCGAAUUAUGUCAGAACACACUCCUUUAAUAUGCAAAUAUAUUUAUUAUUCAUUCCCGACUUAAACUAAACGAAUAUAAAUAAAUGACUAAAAAAGAGAACAUUUAAAUGUUCACUUGCGUCUGGUUAUAUUGAACGACUAAAACUAUGUCCCCCUAUAUUUUAUAGGCAUUUAAGUUUUCCCGAGCAUAAUAAUUACCACCUACGUAAACAAUAUAUUAUAUUAUAUUUUGUUUUCGAAACAACUACGUGUAUAUAUUUGAGUCGAAGAGGGUUAUGCGCAGUUACCCUGCAGGGAAUUAUAAUAAUUAUGUGCUUACGAAAAAAAAAACGACUUGUUAAAAUUACAAAAAUAUGAAAUUGAAUCGGAGACUGAAUAAUAUGGGGGGAAAAAGAAAACCUUUUGCACACAGUAUUACAAUACAAUUACUGCUACCAUUAAAAUAAUAUGGAACAUUAAAAAAAAAACUGUUCUGUGCACGGGCUAUUAUUAUUUAUUAGAGAUUUAUCAGAAACCUAAAAGGCACAAAAACGAAUUUCGGGGCUGGUUUUCUGCUGUCGUUCGCCCGAUUUCGUCUAUAUCUACAGGGACGGUGAACUUUUUUUUGGGCCCAGUGCCAAAAUGUUGUAAUUAAAGUGUUUAAAAUUGUUCACCUGAACAAAAAAAAAAAUGUUCAUUCACUAAGGAUACACAUUGUGUAUAUUUUCUCCUGUAAUUUUAGUUGGUAUUGAUGUUCAUUUAGUAAGUUUUCCACGAACUUCGUCGUUAUCGCUGAAUCUAGAAAUUACUAAAAGACUUAUAAUAUCUGGACUUUCAUCGAUACACACGGAAUGCAAUUGUCAUUAUUGUGUAAAAAUGUACACAAUAGAUUUUGUUUAAAUUUUUUUCGCGCGCCAUUGAAAUUCCGAAGUGUCUUCGGCGUGCGUGCCGCGGGUUCGUCACCAGGGCCGUAAGGAUGGCGGUGAGCAAUAUCUGGAGUGGCGCAAAAAUACCUCGAAAACCGAAUAAAUAUCGCGUUAGAAAGAUAUUAAUAAACAAAAAUUGUGAAAUUUAGAAAAUCCGAUGGUGAGACAUGAUUUAUAAUAUUAAAACACUCGUUUGAUUGUAGAUUUUAAACGUUUCUCUAGGCUCCGUGUUUUCAUUAAAAAUUAUAAUUCAUAAGGGCGCGCUACGUUCAUGUUCGCCCACCCUCGGCCUGUACCGCCGGUUAUUAGUACGCGUCUUUUUCGCCCUCCACAUGAAAAUUUCCCGACUUUGCGGGGACGGUGCGCGUGCGAGAAAUACGUUUUUCGCGCGUUCACCGCAUCGUCGUCGUCGCGUUUGUUUUACCGGCGGCCCUCGCGCGCCGCCGUUGCUGCACCAGUACUGUUGUAAUCCGUAUGCGCGCGCGCGCGCGCGUGAAACAAAUCGCCGAUCCGCCAAGCUCAUUACCGGGCCCGCGGAAUUUCGCGUUUCGCCGUUUGUUAGAACAUCGCCCGAUUAAUGUGCCGGGUCGAGUUUUCGAGCAGCCGCGCGGCGCGUUCGGUUAUUAUUCCCGAAACGGGAUUCAAACGUAUAGUGACGCCGCGGUGUUGCGUACCCCCACCCCUCCCCCCCCCGUCUACCCGCCCGCGCGUGUACGCGCCGCGGUAUUACACGUGCAACGCGUAUAAAAACCGGAGAAGACGACGGCGGCGGCGGCGGCGAGUGAUGCGCGCGUAUACAGUCGAGAAGCGCUGCGCUUGGUAGAGGGAAAAGCCGUGUGGGCGGGUGUAAUCGUCGGGUCCGGAAGGGGGGCUGACUGAUGUACACGCGUUACACGAUAAUAAUGUAAUAUGGCGGCAACUCGUUUCCUCCACAGGUUAUUGCGACGCGCGGCCGCGGGCGGCAUGGGGGCCUACGGGUUUUAUGUAAUGAAAGUUUUUCGACGUAACGGGUAGUCGGGUAGUCUCCGCCGGCGUCAGUUAUAAAUGCCGAACGUUCCGUCAAAAAAAUAUUCCGACCCGGCGGCGGUAAAACCGUCGGAACAGCCCGGGCAAAGUCCCGCAACGACCGCCGGCAGCAGCAGUGACGGAGGUCUUAAUAUUUCAGUUUCCCCUAUCUAAAUAUGAUCGUAACAUAAACGCCGUAGGUUAAUCCUCGACUCUCGACUGACGAAUGUAUACAAGUCCCGAAUUUCCCGUCUCCGCAAAGUCAUUUUAUGGUGUAUUUCCGAGCCGCACUAUCGUACAACCGCCAAACACAUACCGAACUGCUCGUGUACAAUAAUCACUUGUUGAACCGAUUUAGAUCUAAUAUUUGGUAUCCGCUCGUACACUCGAGUGUAAAGGCCAACAAUUUUAGCUUUAAUGGAAUACAAUAAGGUUUCAAACGCAGUACUCUCAGAAAAACGACCGAUUCCCCGCCGUCAAAAAUGAGGUACAGUCGUUUUUAUUGUGAUUUUUUUUUUUUUUAAACAGUUGUAACUUUUGAAUGAUAAUUUUUCUGAAAAAACUACGUACAGCCCUCGUAAACGUUCUCCUCUUUAGUUUUUGUACAAACUCUAUUUUCAACUACACGAUUUACGUUCUAAGUAACGUAAUUUGACUAUUUUGUCAGUGAGAUUGUUUUAAUCGUCGUUUAGACUGAGAAAGUAGAUGCGGGUGACAGUCUUAAGCGAAAUUGCUGUCUCGGUCCAACUAACGCGGGGAAAAUAGCAAAAACAUUAUACUUAUUACGCUGUCUAAGUAGAACUCUCUUGAUUUUAGUUUUAAAGUAAAACCGUCUAUCAUAUAAUUAAAAGAGGACGAUAUUCCGGAAGGCAAAACGCAUCGUUUAUAGUUUUAAGUUACGUUUGUGGAAAAAUUACAUUCGUAUCAUAAAAAUGUCGAAAUAGUCGUUAUUUCUAUAAAAGUACAAUACUGAGCGUUUGUUAUUGGAAUAAUGGAAAAAACGCAUCGCGUUGUACUCCGGAAUAUUGUCCUCUAUUGAUUAUAUUGUACGUGUAUAGUCUAGCCGAUUUUACCACCAUUAUUGUAUAAUUAGGCGAGUUCUAUUCAGACUGUGACGUAUCUUCUUAAUAAUUAAAUAAAAAAAAGUCUGAUACUGCCGAUGAAUAUGUGACUCUUUUAGGAAGGAAGUCGGAAGAAAGAGUAUAUAGAGUAAUUUUAUUUGAAUUUGUACGCAAAAAAAACCAUUGCUAAUGAUAAACGACGUUGAGAAGUUGCCAAGACUUGUUAUUUGUUGCUAAAAUAAUCCAAAAUCAACAAAAGUUGUUGGUUUUCCAAGAAAAAGUUCGAGGAAAAUCAAAAAAAAACCUAGCCAAUACAACAACUAGAUCGAAAAUUCUGUACAAAAGUUUUAUAAAGUUCUCGAUUGAAGUGAGAUGUCUGGUGGAAAAGUAGUUAACAGGUACGAAAAAAAAAAAAAUAAACACACACCAGUAAAACCAAUACAUUUGAUAAACUAUAUACAUAGAAAGUGACACAAAAGAUCACAGCGUAUCACGUUAUCAUGCAGUGUUCGGAUCUUCUCUACACCCCCGGCCAAUGUCGUAGUUUUCCACUAUACCGUCGGCGAUGUUAUGUCAUAACCAAUACAAAGUGGAGAACUGAGCGAAGUGAAGAAAUAUUUAGAGCGGGAUGAACGUAUUAACAAAAAAAAAAAACCGCGAUCGUACCGCUAUCUACGAGUACCUAAUGUGUUAUAUUUUUUCCCGACGGUAGACGGUUUCCGUACCACGGUUCGAGUAUAAACCUGCAGAUUUUUAAUCACUUCCGGUAACGUAAUAAACUCGUCAUAGUAUUAUCAGCUCUCUGCCUCGUAACCACCCGUCGUCGCGGAUAACCGCCAUAAAACACCCGGGAAACCACUCGCUCCGACGACACUCGCACACGCUCGCAACGCGCCAUAACCAUCACGUAGUUUUUGGCGUUAUUAAAUUUUUACUCGGAUUUACGCUCGCGGAACGAAUAUUAUUUAUACAGCACGCGGACAUAUUUAUAUUUAAUAAAGCCGAGUAUAAUGUAAUGUUUGGACCGGUGAGAGGGGACGGGGCGCGGGGAAGGGGUGCGGAGGAGAGGUCAUGAUUUUCGCAUUGUGUUCGCGUACCGUUUUUAUUACGCCCCCGGAGAUGAUAUUAACAACUGCAGUAGAUAGGUAUAUAUAUAUAUAUAUAUAUAUAUAAUAAUAAUAAUAUUAUUAUUAUUAUGUACAGUGUGUGCGUGCGUAAUACAAUAUAAUAUAGUGGGUAUACCUACCCAUACCUACCAAUGCAUACCUGUAUAAUAAUAUCGCGGCGUUUGAAUUAUCGUUCUGCCGCCACCGCCGCAGUUUUUUAUAUCGAUCCCCCAACGCCGCCGACGCCGCCUCCGUACAUUGUAUAGGUAAAAAAUUAUUAUUAUAUUAUGCGGCCGGAACAACUUUGCACCGCCACCACCACGACAACACGCACCUAAAAAAAAAAAAAAAAAAAUUAAAAAAAAUCCCCGUAUACCUCGUAUUAUAUAUAAUAUACAGGGUGCUCGACAACGAUGAUUUACAAGGUAUAUUAAGACCGCGUGUGUGCUGUAGGGGAGGGAAAUAACCUGCCGCCGCCACCGCCGCCGCUUUUUCAAAUUGAUCAAUCCCCUCGGGACCGACUCCCGCCCCCCCGCCCUCGUCACAUACCCUUGCCUUUAAAUGACACGGAGUGUACAAUAUCAUGUCGCGCACUUUGAAAUUGGACGAUUUACCGAUAAAAAUUAACUUUACGAUAAUAAUUCACUUUUUUGUCGACCAGUGACGCGGUAUCCGCGUAUUAUAAUGGCCUUAUUUGCGCCAUAAAAAAAAAAAUAAUAAUAAUAAUUUUAUUAUUAUAAAAAUAGUCGUGGAAGGAUAAGCGAGAUGAGAAGGGGAAGUGAAAAAUAUUUUUAUUAAAAAAAUUAAAACAUAAAUAUAAUAAACGAUAAACGUCUUGGAAAACAUGCCGGAGGGUAAUUCCGAAACUUAUAUAAUGACCAAUUAAAAUUAAGUACACAAUAUUUUAAAUAAGUACCGUAUUUGCGGUCGCCAACAUAAAAACUGGGUACUGCUUUCCACGGGUAGGCCAUUGUUGAAGGUGGGUAGUCGAGCAGGUUAGAUAUUCAGAGUGUUUAGACGAUUUAUAAUUAUUUGCAUCAUUACGAACGAAAAGUCGAUUUUAGGCGGGGUAAUAAUAUUACUUCUGGUUUUUUUUACUAUUAUACAAUAAGGUGACCUGGAAAUCAAACAAAAAAAAAUGUAUGGGGGGGGGAUGAACCGCUAAAAAAUUCGAUAUAUUUUUUCAAACAAAAUAUCACUGGCCGGACGUUUUACAUAUUUCGAAGUAAAGUGCGUGAAAAAACUAUUUUUAUCAAAAAAUUUUACUAACCGUAUAUGUGUUUAAGAAAAAUAAACAAAAGUGAACUGAGGACACGUAAAGUCCAAGAAAAUUAGUGUAAAAACCUUUUCGCACAUUUAACGAAAAAAAAAUCUGAUAUUGCUGAUGAAUGCUCCACUGUUGUUGGUGGAAAUUUGGGAAUAUAGAGUUAUUUAUUCGUAUUUUUUCUGAACAAACUUCGUUUAUACUUAUUUUGAAAUACCGUAAUUUUUACGAUCAUCGUCGAAAUUUGAUCUUAAAACUCUUAUAAAAAUAAAAAUAGACCGAUAAAUUACGCUCAAGUUUUUCUUUUGACCAUUAAGCGCAACCUAUAAUGGACCUUGUGUUUAAUUUUCAAGGAAUUAUUUUUGGCCAAAACAAUUUUAUCCGCGCAUAAAGCGCUAUUGUGUUAAUAUCUAUAUAUUUGUAAAUAGCUUCUUCGUUGUGCUCGUGGAAUCUAAAAUAAUAAAAAAAUUAUGUAAAAUUCUCUCGCCGCUGAGCUGUAUGCGUUGUGAAUUAUAUCGUGUAUACGCGAGCAUCAGGUCUCGCAUCAUCAUUCUGCCAUCCAUCAGCGGAUUUAUACUGUCUUGACGGCGGCGCAGAGCGGUUUUGACACGUAAAACGUUCGCGGAAAAUUAAUGAAUCGCGAAAACCGACUGGAACUUGAUCAAUGGACUCUAUUACAGGCGAAACCAAUAUACGUCGAGGUUUGUAAUAAUAUUAUUAUCGCGUACUCACCGCAGCUGCCGCGGCCGUAUGUAAUACAUUAUAAAUGUAUAAGCCAUCAUGUAUACUGUAUAACGUACCUCAUCUACCUAUUUCGAUUGGAUAUAUGAAUUUAAAACGAUCCAUUAAUAAAAAUAUUCGCACGCAUUAAAGCUGGAAGAAAAUUUACGGAUUCGUCACAUCUCCGCAACGGGCAACUGGCAUAGGAGAGCUGUGCGGUAUGACGAUAUUAGCACUGAUAACAAUAAGUUGCGUUAAGGGCCAAACGAUUCAAUGUGUAGGGCGCAUAAUAAAAAGAGCCGAAAACGAGAUGGACGGGUCAGCUAUGGAGUAGAAACCUCGAGGGAGAAGACCUGGGGAAAGAUAGAUUGACGUUGUAGACGAGGAUUCGGAAAACCCGGGAGUUGAAUACUGGAGAAAGGCAAUUAAAGGUAGAGACAGGCCGCGAAGUGAUGGCGCAAAAAAACGUUUAUAGAGAGUAAUCAUUACACUAUUGGAAGAAAGAGAGAGACAGAAAAACCUUUCUUAUGCCUUCCCAACUUCCCAACUACGCCAACAGCCAUGGUGUACAAUGGCUAACAGUGAUGGGCAUUGCCUAUAAUAGGCAAUAAAUAUGUUCGGGUCUUUUAAUUCAAAAAAAUAUAUUUAUAAUACAAACGGAAACUUAUAUUAUAUUGUCACCAUCGUCGUUAUUUACGUUAAUUUAUUAGAUACCUUCCGUUUAAUUAUCAUAGUACGGUCGAGAGUAAAAUAAUUAUUACUCUUUACGUUAUUAUGCCACGCGUACUUAUAUAAAUACAGCUGGUAUAUAAUGCGGAUAAGUGUAUACACACGCAUAAUAUUAUGGCUAAUGAAAAGGACGAGUGUAUAUUAUUGAAAAAUUAAAAAUUAAAAUAAAAACGAUACAAUAACGCGGAAAGGAGACCGCUGACCUAUAAAAAAAAAAAAAAAAAGCGAUAUAAAAAACUAUAUGUGGGGAGAAAAAAAGAUACGAACUCAUAAAUAUUCAUAAUAUAAACAGAGAAGUUUUCAUAACACGUCACGUAUGUCUACUUAUUAAAAUUGACCGUCGGCUUGCGCGGCGCCUGUUGCAGCACGUCCUUUGUCGUCGAAAAAAUGAAUAGUUAAUUAUUUUUAAAAUUCAUAUCCAUUUUGCUAUAUACAACCACAUCAUACCCUGCUGGUAUUUGGAUUAUAUUAUCUAUAAAAAAUCAUCUAAAAUAAUAUUAUCCAUAGAUAACAGACGCGUAUAUUAUAUUUUACCUGUUUGUCUGCUCAAAACGUGGCUUACAGGGUUAACUCUCCUAAACCUCCCACCACAUAGAAAAGCCCAGUGUUCGUGCUAUUUCUGAUAAGAGUAUGACUUCCAACGGGGAGCAUUGUAUUUAGAUAUUAGAUUCGGAGCGGAACGAGGAAUGUAUUGGUUUUACAAUGAUGUUUAUUUUUUUUCUGUGGACAACUUUUUUACCAGAAAUCUUGAAAAUUUUCAAGUAUAGCACUUUUUCUAUCUGACUGGGAUGGUACUAUAAGGAGGUCAUUUUUUUGAUUUUCUCAGCUGUUUUCAUAAUAAAUGGGAAAAACCGGGGGAAAACAUGGGAAAAACAUAAUAAAAACGGGAAAAUAGGUACAAUAUUAAACAAAUACUGUGAGAGAAAAUUUAUAAUAUGACAUAUAUAUUGUUGACAAAGCGACACUAUCAACCGAACUCUGCUCAGAAUCGUUUUUUCGCUAACAAUGGUUAAUCGUUACGUACGGAUAUACAUUAAAUUCCCGUCUAUAUCCUACCUUCCCAAUUUCCCACCUACAACAGUGGCUGCACCCGUCUCCAUUAUCCUAGGACAGCUAUUUUUAAUAUUAUUAUUAUUAUUAUUAUUUUUACGAGUGCACAGCUUAUAUACGCUGUUCGGCAUUAUAUUUUAUACACAGAUAUUAUAUUAUAUAGGCUCGAGUUCGGUCCGCUCGUGAUGUAAAACACACUUGUAAAUCCGUUUUCUCGUUUAAAAUGCAAAUCGGAACAGAUAAAUCUAUUCGUGUGUGUGUGUGUGUAUAGCGGUGUAGUGCAUUGCAGCGGACGUGCUCGGUUUUUUUUUUCAACCCUGCGGAAUUUUUUUCUUGAUCGAAAACUGGUAAAACGGCGAUAAAAUAUAAUACACAUCCGAAUAUAUUUACGAACCCGAGUCGAAACCAUAAUAUUAUAAUACGAGUAUAUAGUUUAGUACCGCAGUAUUAUAUAAUAUUAUGUAUAUUAUACGGCCGACUUUUUGGCAAUAACAUUUUCGCAUUUUAUACCGUGUUUUUACACCGCAUUUAAUCCGAAAACCCGGCUCCGAUAUUUUUUCGAUUGUAUCGAUUCGGCGGUAUAUUUAGGUACAUUUACUAGUCGUCGGGCUUUAGUUUUUAUUGAUGAGACGGGACACCCGGAAUGUGUUGACGCGGCCCGACAUGGCAACAAACGUCCUCACGCAUACUCGUUUGAUUUCGCGAUGCGGGUUUUUCGUUAUUCCUAAAUAUUAUUCCGAAUAUACUCGUAAAGAUACUCAGUGUACGUCGUCUAGAAUAUCGGCUAUUUUGACGGUUUUAAAUCGCUGUAAUAUUAACGAGUAUUAACGGGGGAAAAAAACAACGCGUAGUCUUACCCUCCGGAAUAUAGUCCUUUGUUGUAAUUUUAUUGUUGGCGAAUUUUACUUUAAAACCGAAAUCAAGCGGAUUAUACUUCGCAGUCUGCGUACGAACGAUUUCGCUAUACGUCGUCGUCCUUUUAGUCGGACCGAGGCACCGCGGUUCUUGAUCACGAUUAUUGAUUAUUGCAGAUUAUCGGUUGCAUUGUACAUAACAAUUAUUAUAAAUAAACGGAGGUUAAUUCGAAUAUUCUGACGUUUUCCGUGUAUACAUCUGUACAUAAUUAUGUUAUAGUAAACGACCAACACGAAUGAUGACACGUUUUUUUUUAAUUAUUCUUAUUUAAACCUAUAUAACACUACAACAUUCAUUAAAGCGUAAUACAUUUUUUUUUUUUUAUUAGCUACGUACAUAAUAUCGGUUUUCACUUUUAAAUAAUUUCUACCGUUUUAUCAACUAUCAAAAAUACAUUCAUCUUUAUCAUUAUAUUAUAAUUAUUAUAUGUAGCCGUAUAAGUGAAUAUAUUAUGCGCAUAUAAUUAUAAUAUCACACGCUAUACAAAUGUAUUUUUGAUAUUCUUAAGUGAUCAAUAAAAUAUUCAGGGCUCUUAAAUAGUUGAGCGAAUAAUGUAUACAAACACGCCUGUAUAAUAUAUAGUUUAUCAGCUAUCGUCGAUAUCUAUAAUUUUAUAAUCUGAUCAAACAAAGCUAUAAAAUACUUUUAAAAUAGACAUACCAUGUAUUUUAUUUUUAUAUAUUAUAUACUUGUAUAUUUAGCGGACAAUCAUUUACAUUUAAUGUUAUUUUUUUUUUUUUUUUUUUUAACGACGAUUUUCAACAACAUUAACAAAAUAUAAUAGCAAAUUACGUUUUAUUCCUCUCUAGUAAAAUUCAAAAAGCAAACAUAAAAACAUUUGAAAUUUUUGAUAACACCGUCGUGAAUUAAAAUCUUUAUAUUUAUAAUAAUAAUAUAUCGUACUGAAUUGUUAAACUUUUUUAAUGUCUACAAGGCCGUAGUCAGGAAAAUUAUUCGCUGAAGACUUGCUGUCAUCACACAAAAUCUCUUCAUCAUGAGUCUUCUUAAUAGUAAUUUUUUUCUUUAUUUUGUCUAUUAGUACGUCUAUCAUUGAAAGCCAUCAGCUCUCCAAACGUGACCGAACAAUUCUAAACGUUUGCUUUGUACAGAGCAUAGAAUAUUUGGCUUAGUUCAGCCGUCCACACAAACACGAACAGAAAAAUUAUGCGCAAAUAGUACAAAUAUUUUGGGCGAGCCCAUAACAUCCCGUAAUAUUGAUUUUGUACGCUCAGUAUUUACUCGAUUUAUGGAGAUUCUUGGCUGAAUUUCGGGGGAGCUUAACUGCCCCGCCGCCUCCCUAUUUGUGCUUAUGAUUAGGAUGACCGUCACAGCCGUGACCGCAAUAUUCCACCAACGCCUACACCCAACCGACUUCAUUUCACAGCAGCAGCACCGUUCCCCGUACGCGUUACAAGUCACAGGAGAAACGUAUAAAACGCAAAAUACGAAACGUGUCGGCAUCGCCACGGACGGCGGCGACCGUUUAAUUUUUCAAAGCCAAUUACCAGCGACGGUGUAUUAACGACGUUUUCGCGAUGUUUUAUUAAGGACACGGGAGGCGCUUUCGGCGUGAUGGCGGCGGCGGACGAGAGGCACUAUAAUAUAUAAUAUAUAUCGCGGCGCGUAUACGUAUAAUCCGUUUAACGCCUCGGAAUAAUUAAUCACCCGGCAGUCUUACCCGCGUUCGUAUUAUACACGCGUAUAUAAUAUGCCGGGCGAAAGUUAAUUCGUUACCGGACGAAUUUCCGAAACGAUUUGACGGCUCUCCCGUAUACCUACCGCCACCGCCGUACCCGCGCGCGGUCGGUUUUUGCGGGACGCGUUUAUAUUCUCCUUGGCGCUUCGCGUAAAACUCUGGUGGGGCGCUAAUUCGAUUACGCCGCCGUCGUCGUCGUCGUCGUCGUCGUCGUCGUCGGUCGUCCUCCUCGCCUACUACCCUCCCACCACCGGCCCCUACCCCCUCACCAGACCCUCCGUAUAUGUAUAUAGGUAUGUAUGGUAUGUACCUUAAGCAUAACAUUGCGUAUAUAUAGCGGUAUAAAGCUGGCGCGGGGUGUUGCGCGCGGGAAAGAAAAGAGGAGAGGCCGUUUUCGUUUUCGGGCGGUUAUAAAUUAACCGAAACUUCUCCCUCUCUUGUGCGUAUAACAAUAAUUAGUUGGUAAUUUUAAUGGGUUUCACCAUGGAUCGCGCGCAUAUUAUAUUAUUACGUAUAAUACGGCGGCGGCCACGGAUUUCCAUUAACCCUCUUCGUCUCUCUCUCUCUCUCUCUCUCUCUCUCUCUCUCUCUCUUUCUCUCUCUCGGCUCUCUCUGUCCACGGAUCCCUCUAUAAUCAAUCUGCCCCCGUCCCCGCAAUUACAUCCCGUGGGUGUUUAUGUGUGUCCCGUGUAUAUAAAAGGGCGUAAAUUCCCGUCGGAAACGAAUAUUUUACGCAGGAAACACUCGCUAAAACUCAGCGCGUAUUUGUUUUUAUUUUAUUUUUUUUCCAUCUUAGAAAUUGUUAUUUUUGUACGACAACAAAUCAAACGUUUCCCUGUUAAACCGAUAUAUAUAUAUAUUUGGUCCCACGGAGCAGAAGGGCUCAAGUCAAUUUUGAAUGGUUUUCGAUACAAGCAAAUUUAAUUUCGAAAAUUGCUAAAUAAAGGCUAAAUAUGACGUUCUAAAUGGCUCAAGUCAUAUUAAAAUAACUGUAUAAUGACAUCCCGAUAAAAAAAAUGCCCAUUCGAUAUUAGUGGCUUAUGGUGUAUUAAUUUACAGUAGGUAUAACAUGUGUUAUACAGUCAUAUACUAUUUAUGCCGGAAAAUUACAUAAAACAAAAUUAUAAAAAAAAAAAAAAUGGACAAAAAUUCACUCAAGCCAUUUUUCCCUUGGCGAAAAUUAUAGGAAUCAUAUAUUCCCCCAAACUUACACGCAUUUCGAGGUUAAAUUACUAAACAAAAUACGGCCGUUUUUAAGCCAGUGUAGUGGGAGAAGGACUGUAAUCCUCAAUUUACAUUUGUAUUUUUUUUUCAUCAUCUACAAAAUGCGCUGUAAUUCCGUUGGGAAACUGUUGUCCGGUGCGCCCAGGCGUUAUAAAACAAUAUACUUAUUAUAACAUCCUUCGACCGGUAACAAUAUUAUUCCGCAAUAAUAAUUAUUACACAGGUAUAUAACUAAUAGUUUAUAAAAAUAUGAUAUUGCGUUUCGAAACGACGACGCAGGCAACUGUAAUAAAAUAUAACUGUAUAAUUUCAUAACAUUAUAAUUUCUAUAAUCGAUUUCGUAUUAUAAUAUCCCGCGACGGGUCAUACAAAUUAUAAUAAUAUGCGUUUGGAGUCAUAACUUACCUACCUAUAUACUUAUGUAUUGCCGUCAAGGCUAUAAAUGUUUUCGUUUUUAAUCUGUCCGAGCUGUUUUCUCGACUAUUUCAUGUAUAAUACCUCGUCAUUUUAAACACUAUUAUAGUAAAUAUGCCAGUAAACAUAAAUUAUAAUUGCGUUUGCUAUGUAAGACACUUCGUGAUUAGAUAGAAAAAAAAAACACCAGAUAAAACCCAUCCAAAUCAGAAUAGUAUUAUAAUUUACAACAAUUUGUAAUUAAAUAUUACACAUAUGCAAAAUAUUAUUCGUCUCAACAUUUGAACACAUACAAACAUACCUAUAAUAUUAAAAUUUGUCACCAAUCGCAAUAGUUUUCUCGUCCAUACAAACAGGUAAUGUGAUUAAAAGUAUUCAAAUACUUUUGAAUACUCAACUACGUAAUUUAAAUACACUUGAAAAAAGUACUUGGACAAAGUGUGUAAAUAUAAUAUAGUAUACAGUAUACAUUAUGUAUUAUGUGUGUCACAUGUUCCACACAUAAUAUAUUAAUAAGUUUCGUGGUUGUAAUUUUCGUUAUUAAUCCGGAUGAAACGCGUAUACCUACCACCGACAGCGUGACGCAUACGCACCUACGACUUUAACUACGGUUUUCUACAAUAUAUACAGAUACACGAUAGUUGAUUGCCGCUGAUGAAUUUCGGCCGAUAGAUUUUGGACUCGAGACGGGUAUUAUAUUAUUUAAACUACUAUAUAGUAUAUAGGUGGGUACGCGCUAUACCUACACACAAUUUUACUAUUAUUGCCUAUAAUUUUUAAUAAUAAUAAUAUUAUAAUCUCGUACAUCAUAAUUGAUAAAAACUGUUAUGGACGAGCUGCUGCGGCGUGUGCACAACACGCGUUCGAAUCAACGACAUUAACGAUACGCGAGUAAUGAUGAUGGAGAAGGGCGACGCCAUUUUGGUUUAUUAUUUUCACCGGUAGAUUCACUCCCGUCAUCACGUCCAUCGUGUGCAGCUACGAAGGGCACACACAAUAAUCGACCAAUGUCCCGUUAGGUUAAUGGACGCGUACAUGGGUUCAGGUAUACCCAAUUGUAAUUAGAGGAGAGGGGGGGGCGAAAGACUGGCCGGCCGCGGUCAUGUAUUAUUAUCAUUGUAGAGAACGGAGCUAUAAAUUCAUGUAACGCACGAAAAAGAAACCCUAGGAAUUUAAGGGCGCAUGGGCGUUCAUUGGAGGUGGGGCGGGACAAGGGAGAGACGUGUCCCCCGUGGAUUUUCCGUGAACAAUUUAACAAAAUAGUCGAUAUCGUUAAAAAUUACGAUUGGAAAACGAUACGUUGCCCCCAGCCACAGGAUUUUGAAUAUAGACGGUCCUGCAUGUGUUGUAUAGCUUAAUUUUGAACAUUUGAUAUUUAUCAGAUAAAAACUUCCCUAUACAGUCCGCGAGUAAUACAAUUCAAUUUGUUUUUAGCCAAUGUACUCCCGCAUAUCCAAUGAUCCUUACACCUUCAAAUUUCAAUAUAACCAUCGAAAUUUUUUUUCGCCUAAUGGAUCACUGCAACUAUACAUUAGACGAUGAUCUCAACGCACUGUAAUUGUGUAUAUUAAUACGGAUUGAGGAUAUGUUAAAAGAAAACCCCUCGGUCGGGAAGAAAAUCAUCACCUCGUCGACACGCAACUAUAGAUCCAAAACGAUGCAAAAAUAAAAAAGUGAUCUAUUGGCGUCAAUAGCGAUCGGAGCGAGAUUUUCGGGCGGUAAAGCGCGGCCGUUAAAGACGUCGACGGAAACAUAAAAUGAAAUAGCGCGCGCGUCAUAGUAAAACCGAUACGUUUCUCGCCGUACGUUCGGCGAACGCGUGUAAAGAACACGGAGAACGGUCUGACAAUAAUUGUUAAGGCGCAAUAAUGAUUUCCCCGUGCAGCGGCUCCGUAAGCAGCCAGUCGUCGUCGCCGCCGUGCCGUAACCGUCGCGCUGCUCGCGGUCCAAGGCGGGGUCGGCACGGGGGGCCGCCCCUCGCGUCGCCCGCCGUCGGGACCGUCGUACGGUCGCGUUGCUCACGCCCCGCCCUGCCGCGCCGCCGCCGCCGGUGCGCGCGCGGAGCGGUUUUUUCCUCGCCGCCGCAUAAAUCGCCGGUAAAAAAAAAAAAAGGAAAACACACCAACCCCCGUCCGAUAAAUUAUACGCGCGACACUAAACGACCCGCACGCACAUACCGCGACGGUGGCCGGCGGUACGCCGCGGCAUACCUAAUGUCAUGCGUGCGUACGCGUUUGCGCGCGGGUAUAAUGCGCCGUCGGCGGAGAGGACUUCCGAUUUGCGAUUCGCGCAGCGGGCCAAUAAUAUCGCCGCGCGGAUGGCGCCGCAAUUCGUGUGUUAUUAUCGUGCGCCCCCCUCCCCGUCACCCCCCUCGCCCCCACCGCCACUCAUCCGCCAUUCGCCGCCGCCCCGGAGUAUCGCGCGUGUAUGACAUGUUUUAUAUAUGUUUAUUAUUACUGUUAUUAUUGUUAUUGCCCGUUGCGGGUUAGCUCCGCGGAUAUGUACGGACAUAUAAAUACGCGUUUAAAAUUAUGCGCGAUACGUAAACGAUACAGUGUACGAUUUAGCGAGUUACGCGCAUAACGCGCUAUGCGGGUCGUGUACGUGCGGUCGAGCGCGACUGCGCGGGAGGGAUCGCGAAAUACCGCGAUUCACCUCUCCCCUCCCUCCCCCUCAACGAAUUUUGUGCGGUACGUCCGCGCCCCGGCUUAUAACGAGCUGCAGUGUAGGUACGCGGAUCUAAACGUAUUGUACGUGUGUACUACCUACGUGUGUACACGCAGAGUUUGAAAUGACAUCCGUUCUAUUCAAUGUUUUUGUUUUAACGAUUAUAGUACGCCUCUGCGCUACGGUUUGCGUAUGAACGGUUUUUUUUUAGGGCCGAAGAAAAACUAAAACACGACAAAUUUAUGAUUUUGUUAUAAAUUUUUUUUUUUUUUUUUUUAAUUCAUAACAGAGGUUUUGUAAAAUAUAUGUUUAGAAAAUCGGCGGCGGUUAAAACUUUUGUUGGAGCCUUUUAUUUUCUACGUUUUUUUUAGAGUCUUUGCAAAUGCGAAUAUUAUUUUGAUUUGUAAUCGAUUAUAAUAUUUGAUCAGUACGUGAUCAGUAAUAUUAUUGUACCGAUAUUAACUCACGGUAAAUAAAACCCUAGUCAUUUGUUGCGCUUUAUGAGCUUAAUAUAUGUAUAAUUAACCGCGACUUCUGGUCCCUCACUUUCUGAUUAUUAUGCAAAGACGGUUUCGUAACGUAAUAAUUAAUAUGGCAUAUAUCUUGAAUAGAUUAAUAGAAUAGAAUAAAGAUAUACUUAAACGGUAAUAUUACUGCAGGAAAUGUUCUCUGAACCGCCGGAUAUUUCACGGGCGAAAACCGAAAUCGCCAACAAAAGUUCCGAAAAUACUAAUUGUAAUUUUUCUGUGUCAGCCGCCUUUCAUAAUGAUUGAAUUUCGAGCUGAAAGUGAGACCUAGGCGAUGUUUUUUUUUUUUUUUUCGAGUGAGUUUUGAAUGUCGAGUGUGCAAAUUCACACCGAGAUCGAAAUAAAGAUACAUAUUCGUAUUAUAGAAUUUCAAUUGUAUACAUAAAAUACCGUGAUUUUAUUUUUAUUGCAGGGUGAUCGAUUAUUUUUUAUAUCAUCGCGAUCCGGCUAUUUUUUCAGAUGAAGACGAUUUAAGUUACUUAAAAAUUAAUAUAAUAAGGGUGUUUCUUAUUAUGAAAUGAAAAUAUUUUUUAAAAAAUAUCAUUCGUAGGAUCCGUAUAGUAAUUACAUUCAUUUUUAUAAAAUCUAUUAGUGAUGGAAGAGCGGGAUGCUCGUUUUGUUAUAUUACACGUGCGAGACAGACAGAAAACAAAUGUUAUACUGACGAGACCUAUUAAGAAUAAAUUAUAUAAUUUGUUACCCAUUUUUGACAUAAUAUUAUUAUAUUAAAGAAUUUUUUAUUGUUUUUAAAGAAAUAUAUCAAAAUGUACAGAAUAUUUCCAAGUCCUGUAUUGAAUUCACUAAAAACGGUUCCGAGGUCAAUUGUGCAGACUAAACUAAUACAGUUUUAAAACAGUUCAAUAUAAAAAAAAUCUUCGGUCUCAGGGAUAAAGGGCUUAAAUCAAUUUUAGCGGUUUUUUUUUGUAUUAUUUUGUCUUGUGUAAUUUUUUUUUACCUUUAGCAUAAAUGUAUAUAUUCUAAUACAUGUUCUAUACCUAAAUCACUAAUAUGAUGUACUUCUAUAAUUGACAAAAAAAAAUGAGUCAUAUGAAUAUAUGAUUACAUGACUUGAGCCAUUUAGAACACCAUGUUUAAGUAAAUUUGGUACUUAGCAAUUUAUACAUAGUCAUUUAACAACGGUCAAUGUUAAUUUGCUUUUAUUGAAACCUGUACAAAAUUGACUCGAGCCCUCCCUCGCCGGGACCAAAAUUAUAGACUUCACACUUCCCGUGUGCCGUUUUCGCGUUUCGGUCAAAUGAACCGACCUGAGUUCUUAAAAAUUAUCACCGGUGUAUAAAUGUUGUUUUUUUUUUUUUAAUUAACGAGAGCACCGUGAUCAUUUCGUCAGUUCAAAACCAUCGCUUUUUUGGCGUUGUCAUUUACAGGGCUCAUUAUACGCCGGUUUACGUAUGAGCGCCAACGCUAAAAGUAAACAGUAGCUAUUAGUAAACGUUUGAUAUUAUUUUGUGGUGUAAAAAUAACCGUUAAAUGAAAAAAUACUAUUAUGUUCGAGCGAACGUCGUUGAAAUUCAAUUGGCAAUACGUAAAAUAAUAAUAAUUGGUUUCUAUAAUGUCUAUAAUACUGCAGCAGAUGUCAAAAACUUUUUUUCUUUCUUUUUUUAAACCCGUUUAUUCGAUUACAAACAACUGAAACGCAUCAUUUUGGUAAGCAUAAUAAUCUAUAAAAUAUAUUAUACUUAAUCCUUAAUGUUGUCAUUAUUUUUCGAUGUAGCGUAUAUUUGGUUAAUUAAUUAAACAUAACCUUGGACGGCUGCGGAUUCGGUCGGAAAUAUUAGACGGUCUGUAGUAAUAUUAUUGCUGUACUCUUGUUCCCCCACAUUUCAGCUGUGCACAUGUACCGGCUAUAAUAUAUUAUAAUAACGACGAGCGCGGACGAGUAGAAGAUGAGAAUGUUGACGAUUGCUAUUCGAUUUUUCUACGAUCCAUUAGCACUUUAAUACCGUUAAACAAAAUUGACGAGUAAUAAUAAUAAUAAUAAAAUAAUAAUGCAUGCUCAUAAAGACGACCGAUUAAGAAUAAAAAUACUUUAUGUUGUAUACAUACCUAAAAUGCACGCAGUGGCACUCGAAAAUUAUCGAAACGGGACCCGCGAAAUGAACACGUGUUUACGGAAAUUAUAAUAAUUUCUAUCGUCAGUUUUACGUUUAUUUAUUGAGCGGUCAAUAUUUAUGCGUUCUUAACUAUAUGUAUACAGAGAAAUUCAUUUAUUACAAUCCAGCGGAUUUAAGUCAAUUUUAUUUCUGUUAUUUAGUCGUAUUUAUUUUAUCCGUUAUUCGCAAUUUUUAACUCUAUAUACUGCUCCUUGUACUUUAAACGAGUACCUAUUUAACUUUUGAUAUUCAAAUGAGAUACCCCUUCUUCAUAUGAGACAUAUUAUUAUGAGAAAAUAGAAUAUUUGUCUAAAUAUUUUAAUGUACGUAACACAAUAAUAAUACUCGUAUAACACUAUUACAGCCAUUUGCAAGAUAUACCGUUUAUGAUUUAUGUCCGUAUAACAGCUCGGAAUUUAGACUCAAGAAGAGUUGGAAAAAGUAAUAAAUUUAUCGCGAUAAAAUGGUAAUGGAUCGUACAUCAUCCCAAUAGAUCCUAAUAGAAUCACCCUGUGUAUAGAAGCACGGCUAGAACACAUUUUUCGGUAAAAACGGUAAAUUGGACGAAAUCUGUUGAGAGAUUCUGCAGAGAGGAGUCAUUUUUUUAUGAAUUUACUGGAAUAAUGCAGUAUAUAAAUUAAGGAAAAUGAAAGGAACUAAAAGAAUAAGGCAACAAUAUAAGGAUAUGGAGAACUUCAACAAACUAAUCUGAAGAUUAACAUCUAAAACAAUAAAACAAAUUAUAUACCUUUCAUAUUAACAAACUAUCACUGUACAAAAAAAAAACAAUAUACAUAAUUUCAUUUUUAAAGCCGACAGACACAAAUAUACGGUGAAAAGGUAUACUUAAUAUUCUUAAUGUUAAUUGAAAAGACCGCUUAAACUGUGAACUAAAUGAUUGAAAUUAAUGUUUGUCAUAUUAUCUCUUAGUCGCACAAAUUCCAACUUAAACACCGAUCGCGUAAUUUUAUUCAAAACGAUUUACAUUUUACAUAUAUUAGUAUUAAACGAGUUUAAAAUUUAAAAAAAAAACUUUUUAUUUUUUACGUAAUUACCAAUAUGGGUUGUUUCUCCCGUCUCUCGCCGGGCCUAUCAACCCACCUCCUCGCUACCCAACACACAAAUACAUACACACACACACACACACAAACCUUAUAAUAUCCCGAAAAUCUCUACGGGAUUGCAACCAUCGUUUUAGUUUUCCCCCUCGGCAAACUUGUACAUGUAUAUACUGUAAGCACAGCAAAGUUGAGUAAUUUAUCAAGUUUUGAACACAACUUAAACAUAAUGAAUGAAAAUAUGAAGAGAAAAAAAUCGAAACUCUCGAAAAAAGAAAUAAGCGUUUUACGAGAUUAAAUGUCACACAAGCUUACAAAGUUUCCACGAUGACGGCGCGCGCGUAGGAGGGCGUCGGUGAUACUAUAUAGGAAACAAAUACUGUUCGUGUUUAUAUUUUAUAUAAUAAUAUGAUAUAAAUAUUAUGUCACACAAAAUUUACAAAAAAAAAAAAAAAAAUAAUAAUAAAAAUACACAACUCAUUUUAUUAUAUAACAGAAAUAUAAACGUAUAACUAUAUAAUAUACGAUGAAGACGACGUCUGCAAACAUGAAAAAAAAAGAGCUGAUACUGGAGAUGGGAACGGUAACUGUUGUAGGUGAGAAGUUGGGAAAUUAGGAUACAUAAGGUUAUAUUAUUUAUAUCUUUAAGCAACGAUAAAUCAUUGCUUGACGAAAAAAGAUUCCGAGCACAGUUCGGUAAUACAUGAUUUGAAGUGCCGUAAUUUUUUUUUGCGAUUUUCGUUUAAAUUUGAUUUCAAAACGCUUAUUAAAAAAAAAUAUUCGUCCAAUGAUUUAGGAAAUUUUACCACGUCUAUAUAAGUCCAAUAUAAGUAUUAUUCUAAAAUUUCAAGUCUGUACGUGUAUUUAUAACCGAAUUACAGCAAAAACCUCACAAAAAUUAAAAUUCCUUAAAAUCUCAAAAGUGAUUCAAAAGUUUUGGCAAUGAUACUGUAAGAAAGUAAAUCAAAAAGGAAACUACUAAGAUAUCUUGUGAUUUUUCGAUUUGUCAAUUUUACGACAGAUUUUACGUCCGUGUUUUUAUAAAAUAAUGCAAUCGUGAAAUUGUACGUUUUCCUACGUUUUUUUUCCACUUAAAUGCUUUUAUUUAAAAAAUGGCGUCGAAAAUCAAAAAAUGACCUUUUUAAAGUACAAUCAAGACAACUUGAGCUUUCAUAAAAGUUACUACAUGUAAAAAUCGGAGUAAGGAAAAAACUUGUCCACAGACUAGAACAAAUAACAAAGAAGAAAAAAAAUAAUAAUAAUAAACAGCAUUGUAAAACCGAUAGAUGCCUCGCUACGCUCGAAAUCCAAUAUGUAACGUGCCAAAUCCUGUUCCUUUUUUUUUUUAAACUUAUUGGACUUAAAGGUUUGAUGUCACUUUCAUCAUGUCUCUACUUAUCGUUGUCGGUUAUCUUCAGUUCCUGUCGUUCCCAGUGUUUCCAAGUCUUCAGGUCUACCUUUUGGUCUUUUUCCGAUUUGCUUAUUCCUUAAGACUUUAUGCAUUAGUUUAUCUUUUGCCCGCCAAAUAUGGCCAAUCCAUGACUCCAGUCUUUUAGGCUUCAAAUAGGAAAGAAUAUCCGUAAGAAUUAUUACUUAUAAUAUAACUAUUGAUAAUAAAAUACGAGUAUAUUAGUCUACAUCUUUUAUCUGAGUACAUAACGUUCUCUAUUAUAAUCAGGUCAACUAUAACCCUUUAUCAAAAGUCCAUACUUAGCAAAUGUACAUUAUUUCUUGAUGAUUACAAUAUUUUAUUAUACAGAGUAAUCCGUUUUGCAAUUUCGAAAAGUCUUGGAAUGUAUUCCAAGACUAAAGAUAACAUUUAUUGUGUCUAUUGGAAAAACUAAAAAUACAUUAAAUUAUUGUUAGGUUGCGCCGGCGGACUUUUGGGCACCAGACGCAUCGGACACCCGUACCAAAAUCGGACGCCACCCAAGAGGAAAAAGCCACGGACUUCGUUCACCCGUAGUCAGAUAUCGCAGCUCGAGGAAAAGUUCAACAAACACCGGUACCUGUCGUCCGUGGACCGAGCGGCCCUGGCGAAGGCGCUCAAGAUGACCGACGCGCAGGUGAAAACAUGGUUCCAAAACAGACGCACCAAAUGGAGGUAAGCAUCAACAAGCAAAACAAUUAUUAAAAUUAAAAAAAAAAUUGAGUUGAAGUUUUAAAGUAGGUAAAAUUUUAAAUUUUCGAAGGAUCUGCGAUUGGUUUUUCAAUGAUUUCGGAGGUCGUUUUAGUCCCCUAGUCUCUGUAAUUUUACAUGACUACCUCGCAAUAAAAAUAUGUGUUAAUGGCAGGUCAUUGUUGACUGCAAUAUUUCGAUCCUAUGAAUAUAUAUAUAGGUAUUAGGUAACGAAUAAAAAUUCAAUAAAAUGUACAUUAAAUUCAAUAUUGGAAUUAUCUAGACAAAAUCAUCCAAAAGAUAACCAAGAUAACUAUAUUUUAGCCUUCAUUCGGAUAAAAUCAAAAUAUCUCGUCUUUAUCCUUUCAAUAUUUAUUAAUAGUUAUGCGCUUGUGAUUUAUAAUAAAAUAUACUAUGCACUGAGUAUAAUAUUAUUUAUAUUAUUUCAUCAGUAUUCAAAAGUUUAUUCUUUAUUUCUAAUAACGAUAUAAACUUCGUAAUUUGGUGAUUAAUAAAUAAGUCAUAAUAUUAUGUUGUACCAUAAAAAUUUAAUUUUUCUUUUUGUUGAAGACAUUUUUAGAUAGUACGUAAUUUUAUUCCUAAGAAUAAUAUAGUACCUACUAUCUACACAUUUUUGGUUAAUUUAUAAUACGUAUUGCAUCUAAAUUACCUAUUAUUAAAAUGUCGUUUUCAUGCGUUUUCUUAAUACAUUCUCUUUAUUAUCUGUUUAUGUUAUCCAGAUACUAUCUUUUAUCGAUAUACAAAUAUCGGUUAUGUUUCCGAACACAAGUGAAAUUAUAUUACACAAACUCUCGGGCUGUUUUUUUUUUUUUUAUAACGAGGGUUUCCGCGUCCAAAUUACGGGCACGUGGACAAAGAUUCCGGUGUACCUACGACUAUUUUACCACUGUUAGAACAAACGGGGUUAAUUAUAUACUUAUAUAUUACAAGUGUUGAGAUCGUGUGUAUGCUUUUUUACUCUCGGAGCGAUUGGACCUUCUUUCAUGGCAGUAGGAAGUGAACGCGCAUAAAUGGACGUUCGCUAAAUAAUAAUAAUAAUAAUAACAAUAUCCUGAAAAUCCUCAAUCGUUUUUUUGUACCUAUAUACAUAGACUGCAAUUAGGUAAAAUCGUACGUAUUUUGAAAAUGACAUAAUAUUUCGCAUUGACGAAUGACAACGCGAUUCACGGCACGUCGCACAUAUAUAAUUACAUAACGUAAGUAUAUAUUACAGCGGUUACAUCACGUCAUUCGGAUAUUAUUUUAUUAAUAAUUUAGGUAUAUAGCUAGGUACUGCGCAAACAAUGUUAUUAUCGUGUAUUUCAAUGUUUGUAUUAUUAUAAUAUCGCUGUUGUACCGAAGUAACAUAAUAAUCUAUUUUACGUGAUAGUUCAAUAAAAUAAAAAAAAUGCACCGUCGAAUAACGUAUACAUUUAAUGACGAUAAAAAAAAAAUAAAAUAAAAUAAAAAAAAAACGUACCGAAAUAAUAUACUUAUUAGUAUAUUUAUACGAUCGCGUGUCAUUUUUCUUUUUUUUUUUUUUUUUUACAUACACAUAAUAUGUUUAUUACAAUAUAGGAAAACGCGUGUGUUCAGCUAUUCGAUUGGUCUGCCGCAUAAGCGGAUCGACGGUGGGAGGAGAGUGAUGAUAAAACUAUAACUAUAACGUUCAUUGCUAUACAUAAUAAUUUAACGAUGAUGCAAUACAGAUACGUACGAGCGUUUUAAUACGUUCGCCCAGUAUAAAUUUCGCGAGAGCUGUAAAAGUGUAUUUAAAAAAAAAAGUUAUACUUUAAUUUUUUUUUUUUUUUCCCCGGUUUGUUGAUUGAAAAACUUGAAAACCGGAGUUAUUUAAUACAUAAUAUUAUAUUAUUAUAGGUUUUGCCGCGAAAAUAUAAAUACAUAUAAUAUUGAUGUGAAAAAAAAAAAAUUAUUACUGUUAGAUUGGUUACAUACAUAGAGGUCCAUGGGUUUACCCACGAGCCUCGAAGACUCCGUUACUCGAAUCGAAUUUACCGCCGGCUUAUAUUGUAUUAUAGACGGGUGUUAGGACAUUAUUUAAGUAUGUUUUCUGUGUCCAAAUGAACACUUAAUAACGAAACUCAAAAAUUCACCUAUUGGGUGUCCUGUAUUUAAUGUUUGCAAAUUCUCUCAAAGAAAUAAUAGAGCUGACUAUUAUUAAUUGAUUGAAAAUAUUUUCGAUUGAAUAUUGAUAUUUUAACUUUAUCGCUUUAUCUGUUUUUGUCUGUGCGAGAAUAGUCAGAAAAAUGAUGAGAGAACUGUAGCCUCAGUGGCCUGUAGCAAUACCAGCUUCGAAAAAAGAAAAAAACUGACACAUUAAAACCUAAGCUCGUUGUUAGUGUACUAAGGGGAAUUUUAAAACUUAAAACGUUGGGUGGAAAUAAAAUAAGGGGAAUGGAUGAAAUAACGUCAAUAGGUUACAUUUUGAAAUAGAAUCGACAAUGCACAAGAGCCGUAAUACAAACUUAUGGUAUUAUGAUAUUACGAAGAAAAACAUUUUACAACAAAAAAACAUUGUACCUAAUCUCUUAUCAGUUUUCUGACAACUAGAAAAAUCUGUGUUACGUGUUGUUUUAAAUUGUCACGUCUCUAUUUCGUUACUUAUAUUCCAUCAAAUAAUCAUUUUAAAACUAAAUGGUAAAGUAUUUAAUUCGAUUUUAACAAGAUAACAAAAUUAAAUCUACUAAAAUUUGUGAACUAAAAGUUCACUAAACUGUUUUAAUAUCUACGGACAAUAGACUGCAGAUAUACACGGGUAUAAUAGAUAUUUAGCGAAACCGUUUUAAUAGAUUCAAAAAUGAUUUAAUUUCGAACUGUUUUCACGCCCAUAGAAACGUACUAAAUAAUAAUAUACGAGUAUAUAAAAUAUAUAAGUAUAUUAUGUACGACUCGAUAAAACUUUGCCUACAUCAGCAGUGUAAAUAUUAUUGAAACGGCUGCAGCUGAUGGGGGGUAAAAAACACAAAUAAUAUUAUGACGUACUCCGAACACGACCGGUUUUUUUUUUUUGUAUUCACCCCUUGUCGACGACCCCUUUUGAGGAACGUAUACGAUUCCGUCAUCGAUACUAUUAUUAUUAUGAACUCGAUAAAAUAAACUCAUCUCGCUGUCACCAUAAUCUGUAUUAUAAUAACAGUCGGUCGCAUGCCUUCUCGCUCGCAGACAGUGCAGGCAAAAACGACGAAAUUUAUUUUUUGUGUGGGUGGAAAAAAGAGUCAUCACGCCCGUGCAGUGGAGUCAUAAUUUUUGAUAUACUGGAGUAUAAACUUACUAAAUUCGCUGACUAAUGAUGAGGAAGGGAGUUGCUCACUAAUUAACAAUGUUCACGCUUUGCUCGAACCGUAUCAUUUUUUUUUAUAGGAAUUUUAGAUUUUCAUACUUGUAAAGAAAUAGGUGACGUAGCGUUUUCGAGGCAUUUAAAUUUAAUAAUGGAAAAUCGAUGUUGGAAAAAGUCUUGAAAAUGCUCAGGAAUUACGAAAAUUGAAAAUUUGACCACGUACUAGUAUUAUCUGUGAAGGCUUACGAACAAAAUAUUUUUUCAUUAUUUUGACGUUCAUUUUCACAGACCCAAAAUACGAAACCGAUCAAAAUGCCGACUAAAAAAUAAAGGUAUCUUUUCUCUCUUCUUGUUAACACGCCUAAAUUUAGUUCUUAUCUCUAUUAUAAUUCUUAGUUCCAUUCGAUACUUGUUUUUCCUUAUUCAUGUUAUUUAUGAUUUAAGUCAUAUAUUCUUUUACCUACGUAUGACGUAAGCUUAAACACCUGUUUCAAUUAUUGUUUUAAAUACGUUGUCAUGCUUGUCAUUUUUCCUUAUUUUGUUUAAAACAUUUCACUUGUAAAUCUUUUAGUCUACGGAAUUUGUAUCCGUUUUCUAAAGCACCCUGUCUUAAAAGUCUUCUACAGGUUUUUCUUUUUAACUGAGCUAAUUGUCCAGUAUUCGUAACCAAACAGUGUCAAACUCCAGUCAUAUGUAUAGAUCGCUAAGAAUUUCUUCCCUACAAAAAGACUGACACUUAUAAAUUAUUAAUAAAUGACUUUUAUCUUGAAAGGUCAUUUUCGCAUGUUCGAUACUUCAACUAUUAUAUUGGUUACUGGUUAGCCAUACUAAAAUAUUAUAUACUUAAUAAAACUGCUACAGAAUAAAACAAGUAGUUGAAAACAUAUUUUUCGUCCAGUUUAUUCAUUAUUUUAGUAGCGGUGAAAUUGAUUAUAGUACGAAGGAAAUACAAAGGAAAUAGUUUUUUUUGUUCAUCGAAAAUUACAAAAAAGUUUAGAGUUUAUAGCCUGUCUCGUUGUGGCAAUACUUACUAACUUAAUACGCGGCACUGAAUUAUAUUAAAAUACGCAUUUUACGAUGGCGUUACAACGUCAUUACACGACGCUGGAACCGACUACUUUUUUCGGUAUUUGAUCAUAUAGGUAUUAUUAUUAUUAUUAUUUUUUUUUUGGUCAAUGGUGUAUUCGUUAUAAUAUGCACACGUACCGCUGACAAAUCGGUCGGUCUCGUGUCAAACGAAACGUUGUUAUGUUAUAAUAAUAGUAUAAGGUAAAAUAAUAAUAAUAUAAUUCAGUCGGCGACAAAACGCGAUAAAAACGACGUGGACGAAGACGACGGUAGAAGUAAAAACGGGAAUGAGACAAAACGAGAGAGAUAGAGGGAAAAAAACCAAGUCCAUUAGAAGCUUUUAAAAUUCCUGUCACCUUUUCGGGCUGCUAUUAAGUGGUUUUAAUAUAGGUACCGCGUUUUUUUUUCCUGUUCCUUCUAGGUUUGUUUUUUUUUUUUUUAAUUACACAUGUUAUCCGCGCCGACGGUUAAUGCAUAUUUCAUGUAAUCGGUGGCGCCCCCAGUGGACGAAAACACUGGCGAACCAGUUGCCCCACGUGUAUCCUAUUAGUUACUAUACAACCGAAUGCGAUUGUAUAUAGGUGUAUUUAUUUUAUGUAAAAAACCAUACACACGCGCGUGCGUGCGCAAAUACAAUAUCAUUAUUAUCAUUAUUAUACGUAUUAUCAUUAGUCAUUAUUAUUAUUAUUGUAUACACACGAGCCGCCUCCGUGGGUAUAAUAUAUUGUCAGUUUUAUGUUACCGCCGCCGUUUUUACUACCGAGAGAGUAAACAAACACAAACACGUCAUCGGACAUUACGCUAUCCAUAGCUGCGGGUCGUCUUUUGAUAAAUAAACAAAAUGGCUUGCAUUAAGAAGAAUACUGCAAGUCGAGUUAGACUCGUGCGUUAAACCCACCGUACUAUAUGGAGAACUUUGAAAAGUUAUAAUGUGGGCAAAUUAAACCAUGUGAUCGAAAAUUAUCUCGACUUGAUUUAGGGAUCGAUAAUGUGAAAUUCCGAUUAUAUUUUUAAGGUAGAAAUUUAAUGUAUUUAUGCUCUGCUAGCAAUCUUCAUUUCAACGAUAAGUACUAAACAAGUACAUCAUAAUAUAAUCGGUAAAGGACAAACAAAAAAAUGUUCUCCACAAAAUUUAGACGAGAAAUCAAAAAAUUUAAAUGUGUAUUCAAAAUUUAAAUCGGGCAAACUGUAGCGGAUGAAUGCGAUCCAACUUAUUAGUCUGAAACGUCAUGAUAAUCCGUGAAAACCGUCGUACCCCUUCCAUAUUUACAUUCGUAUCGGACAUUCGAUUAGUGGACAAGCGUUAUCGUUUGAUGACCGUUAAAAGAUAAAAACAAUAUAAUUGUUAAAUAUUACGAAACCUGAGAAAAAUCGAAAAACCGUUUCUAACCAACUUAAGUGCGCAUAUUGUAUAGCCAACUUGUAUUCUGUAAUUAUUUACUUACAAAAAUAUGAAUGAUUCGAGAGUAUCAGCUGUAGGUUUUCUGAAAAGAUUUCAAUGGAAAUUUCGAUGCAGUUUAUAUCGCAUACACUUUACACAUUCACACGUACGCGAAAAAACCACGAAUAUUAUACACAUUAUUAUUUAUGAACAGCGUAAUGCGUAUAAACAAUGAAUUUAAUUGUGACACUGUCUAUACCACGAUUUCGUGUAGUAUUAUUCGUGUAGUAUAUUUUCGCUAUUUUACCAACUGGUUUUGAAAGGUUUUUAAGAACGACGACGAAAUCCUAAUUUGUCGACGACGUCGCGUAUUAUUUCACAUACAGAGUGUACGAAUCCGCGGGAUUCGACUAUUUCUCGUGCUAUUGCCACGGCACGGGGGAAUGGCAUGGUGGAUACACCAUGUACAUCCUGUACGACUCGAUAAAACCGAAACGAUUUCGUCCCCGAACGCGACGACGACGAUGACGACGAUAACGAUAUUAUUAUUAUUAUUAUUAUUAUCAUCAUCAUCAUCGGUUAUUAGUCCGGCCGUAAUACACGUCCGAACGGCGACCCUAUUUAUUAGUAUAAAAUAAUAUGGUGUAUAAAUAUAACACGGACAUUAAACCAAAUAAUUUAUUUAAUACGGCGAUCUUAUUACGACGACGCACACAACGUCGUCGUCGGUUCGAACCUGUUUUUUAGUUUCGGUAUAAUAUUAUCGUGGAACUAAAAAGGCUCGACACACCGGCGAGACGACGUGUGUACACGUCAUCCGAUAAGCGCGGACGGCGCCACACGACGGGACGAAAUCCGACGACUAGCGCCACCGGUAACCCCACUCCCUUUCCUCAAUGUCCACAGGUCGCCGCGUCAUUAUUAUCCUCUCUCGUUCUGUCCACACACGCACACACGCACUCUCUAACUCCCUCUCUCUCUCUCUCUCUCUCUCUCUCUCUUUUUAAUAUUUUACACAUCGUGUUUUAUAAAGUGUUAGAUUUGUUUUUCUCCCGUCCAUAUACAGUAUACACACCCGACCGGUCUCGAUAUAAUAAUAAAAUGUGUAUACCCGACCGAUAGCAUAAUAAAACUCUCAAAACCGUCAAAAAUGCGGACGGCAAUAGCAGAAUACCGAAAAAUUAUUAAUUUUGUCGAUUUUUACGUUAAACCGCCGUUGAAUUGCCGUCUCGGCCAUCUAAAUUUCCAAGUUUAUAUGUGGUGGAGGGAUGUCACCCCCCUUUAUGUAUCCCCUAUCUCCGUCCCUGCUUAAAAUACAAGCGCAUGGUAGUUGACAGAAAAAUUACAAAACAUUAUAAUCGUUAUCGCUAAACUUCCAAAACAUAAAAAGAACUAAAAUAUUCUAGACUAUUAUAGUUCAUGGCUUAAUAUAAGUUGUUAAACGUUGUACGUAUGCAGUAUACGUCAAUUAUUUGAUUAACUCUAGUAAUAUUACGUACAUUUGACAUAUCGGUUUUACCAGCAAAUAACGUACAGCCUGUAGACUGUAUAGAGGAACAAUAAUAAUAACAUUAUAAUAGUGCGAACCAUAUAUGAUAUUAAUUUAAAGUAGUAUUUGUUUUUCCUUAUCGCCCGAACUUGGUAUUUGAUAAAAAUUCGGAAAGUAUUUUUUAACGACUCGACGAUAGUAUAGCUUGAAACCAACGUCGUCGUUGAUAAAUAAUAACACUUAGUCGAAAAAUAAUUUUCUUUAAUCACUUUUUUGACGAUUACCAUCAUGUUCCUUCAAAAUACGUAUAUAUUUCGUAGACAUCCGUAAAUUGCCGAGUUCGUUUUUGUUUCAAAAACGAUUAAAUUAAAUUCGAAACGGUCACAACGAAUUACGAAAACUGCAGACGACGUGUCCAUAGAAAAGAUUUCGAAAUAUUAUUCGAUUUAUUUGUAAAAGCCUCUAUACGUAUAAUGUCAGUUGAAUAGAGCAAAUCUACGGUUGAUUCCACGCAUCUAUUUACUGUUUAUCGCUUAUACAAUUUUUAUCAAAACGCAUUAAAAACUGGGGUCACUGGGGUGUACCGAUGAAUGAUCUAACGGGUCCGAGACUGAGAGAGUUUUUUUUUUUUUUUAAAAAAAGGCUCGUAUAAAAUACACCCGUUUUGAAAUUUAUUUUCCAUAUUUUUACAUCGAGUAAUAAUUCCGUAUAGUCGUCGGCUUGUUAACUAUUCCGAAAUUACGUGGCACGCGAUUUGUCGCUUGUACAUAUACGCGUGUCAACAAGCCAUUGUACAAUACUUACCUACAUAAUAAUAAAGGAACCGAUUUUUCGAGCUGGUUGAACGGUGUACAGGUAUUAUAAAUUUAUAUUCUGAAAACGACACUAUAUAGAACUUAUUAUUACUAUUGUAUUACGGUUUUGUGAUUGUGAUUCCGAAAAUAUACAUUUAAGUGGUAAGUGUUAUAAUAUUCUACGCAGUGUUGUAUGUCCGGAUUAUAUUGUUAAAACCAGCUCGGCGCAUAUAUCUGACCGACGUUUUCACUCUCGUUCUGUCUUUCUGUCGGAAAAAUGCCACUGUAUACAUACACACACACACACACCACACACUCGGAUGAACAUUACAGAUUUCGGUCACGUUAAUAAUCGUAUAAUAUUACUUUAGGUUACCCGUGUGUGUGUGUGUGUGUGUGUGUGUGUGUGUGUGUGUGUAAUUCUAUAUGAAUAAACCGACAACGACCGGGAUUUUACGGACGGACAAAAAGACUACGGAUUAUAAUAAUACAUAUAAUAUAUAGGAAUAAUACAGGAAUCGACAGUAUAGGAGGUACCUUCUUAUAAUACGUUUUAAAGACGGGAAAUGAUAAUUAUCAUUUUUGUUAUUCGACGGUUACCUAUGUACAAUUUUGAACGCGAACGAAAUAUAUCGUUGAUAUUAUUAGCACACAACACGAACGCGGAAUGAGACUUACAAAACUCACAGUACCGGGUCGCCGCAGUAACCGUCUGUAGGUUUUGUAAAAUCGACAAAAAUGCUAUUGAAACACAGAAUUAUUGUUGUUAUUGAUGUUCAACUGAUUUCAGGUCCGGUCAAUUUGCAUAGAUCGAAUUAUUCUGCAUCUGCUUAUCGUUUAGUUACAAUUUUGCUAUCGUGUAAAAAGUAAUUCAGUUUUCUAGUUAUUGUCAUUCUAUACAGCUGUAUAUAAAAACUAUAAAACAUAAAUAUAAUAUUUGUUUCGACACUUUUCAUCUUCAUCGGCCUCAUCUGACGAUUUUUCAAACGUCAUAAUUAAUCACCAAUAAGGUCAAGGCGAUUUAGAGGUUCAAAUUUCAAACACAAUUAACGACUUGGAAUUGAAUUUUUAUACAUUUUUUAAUACAUCAUAAAUUAUUAUAACACUAUGAUAUUUGGUACGAUACAAUUACACGGAGAUUAUCAGACAGUUUACAGUUUACACGACUGUUUUCAUGUAACCCGGACAUUAAAUAACGAUAUCAAUUAUCAAGCGUGCACCUUACAAUAUUCGUUUUCGAAUAUAACACAUACGAACAUUCGGAUUGCGUAGACGAUGACGUCACUCGUAAAGAUUUCAAAAUCUAAGUAGACGCUACUUAUUGGACUCACGGUUAAUUCGUUCUUAUUGGAUUCAAAUUGUUCGCUAUUCCGUCCCGUGCGUAGUCCAAUAAAACAAAUUCUGCACCAUCCGUCUGGAAGGUUUUUGCCCAUUUUUUUUAUUUGUGUUAUUUGUAACAAUUAUUUAACAGCUACCGCCUCCGGUCCCGGUAUAAUACCAGCUCAAUAGCGUUACGAUAGAUAGCGUAAUCGUCGUUCUGAAAAAAAAAACCAUUACAAGGAUAUCGCAUUUGUUUUUAUACGCCAAAACCCCAUUCUUUGUAUAAUUCAAACGGACGAGAGGAAGACGUACGGAAUACCCUGGUGUAAUAGAAUCUCUUACCGGCGAGCCUCCCGCGCAUUCUCCAAAUAAGCUCUUGCUGAAACGGGACAUUCGAAAAUAAUGUGUUUUUUGAAGAGUAUAAUAGCGAUAAUAUUUACGUCCAGAUUGUUUUACUCGGCGGAAAGUGUGGUAAUAACACAGGGCGAGUUUCAAUGAUUUUCAUUCUGCGCUCGAGAAAAAAUUAUAAAUAUUGAAAUAAUAUUUUUCUUUUUAUUUAAUGAUACUAUUUAUACGGCUUUAGCUAACGAUCCAUAAAUAUAUAUAAAUCAUUUAUAGACUGUUAAGAUUUUAUAGUUAUCGUUACAGGCUCGGAUUCAGAUUUGUACCUUUGCCCGGCCAAUAUAUUUAUACAAACUGAUUACUAAUAACCAACAAUGCAUGUGAUCGGAUUUUGAUCUACUGUCUAUCUGAGAUCAAGACGUGUGAAGUGUAUACUGUUUCAAAUUUAAAAAAAAAAACCUUCCCGAAUGAUACUUAUUUACUGAUAUCAAACGUGCACCUUUACAUAAAAACAAUUAAUACACCCAUUGAAUAAAAUAUAACCAGACGUUUUGUGACUUAUCUAGAUAAAAAUAUUGUGAUAUCUAUCUGAGAGUUAUCUGAAAUUAAACAAUUAUUAUAUUUCUUAGUCAAUCUAGAAAAAAAUAUAACUAAACAAAUGCCUUAGAAACCCAUCAAAAUAAUUAUUAAUUAUUAUUAUAAGUGACUGUAAAAAAUUAUAAGUAUUACGAGUAUGUUUCGUUAAAAAUUCGAAGUUAUACUAUUUAGUACACAAUUUACACUUUUCGCGUUUGCUUCAAAAUUAUUUUAACUGUUUAUUCGUGUUUAAGUGGUUUAAAAAUAUGCGACGGCUCAGCAAAUAUUACGUAUUUAUACUGUUAAAAUAAUAAACGAAUUAUUUUAUUUCUCGGGGGUCUCUCGCCUCGCCGAACAAAAAAUGUCGUACGCACGUUGGCGUACCGUCGCUGCAGACUUGCGGUCCGUGUAAACACCUACGCCUCGAAGUCGUCGUCUUCGAAAGACUUUUUACGCCGUAGUUAAAUUAUUAUGUACGUAUGUAUAGCGUGUAUAGAUUAACCGUUUUGAAAAUAAAUCAAAAACGUACUGCCAAAUAUCACGGAAUAAAUCGUCCGCAAAAUUGCAGUCCAAUGCUCGCGUAGAAUUUUAAUUUAUAUUUACAUAUUUAUUGCGCAUUUUAUUAUACAAGUGCCGCUAGAAUUAUAAGUAGGUAUUAUACCGACCCAAUAUACGAGUAUUUAUUGUUUACGUUAGUAAAAAAAAAAAAAAUGUUAAAAAUACAAAGUUACGAAUAAUACGCAUUGCAAAUAUUCUAAAAAAAACGUAAGAUUUUCACUUGGCCGAUGGUGCUCAAAGGGGAGGGGAUGGACGUUAUAAUCCAUCCCCUCCCCUCAUUGAAUUGAAAUUGCUACAACUAUACGAGUAGGUACACGUAUUCAGUAUAAUGUACCUAAAUUAUAAUAAUGUCACGAGGAAAAGAGAUCGAAAACGUUACAAAUCUCUAUAUAUCUGAGGGAGGGGAAGAGAGUGUAAAGCCCCCUCCAAAAAAAAAUGCCCAAAAACGCUCUUUUGAACACUUGCCCGACCCGGGCACACCGACAGUAUUAUAUUUUAUUAUAUAUAUCGGCGUAUAUAAUAAUAUUAGGUAUAUACGAUAUGAACCCGCGAGGCCGAAUUCCAUUAAUAUUUCAUCGGACGCGUCCACAAACUACUGAAAUCCGCUUUAACGUUUUAAAAACCGCUGAAUUAUUCAAGGCGGCUUUUAAACUGUCAACUUUCGGUGUGCGACUAUAUUACACACAUACACACACACACACACACACACACACACACAUACACACAAGGGCGCGUACGCUCUCCCCUUUUCGCUGACAUUUAUCUAUCUAUAAGCGUACGUCCGUGUGCAGUAGUGCAAAGGCCAAUCGCUACUACCAUUCCGCGGAUUUGAAUAUCCGAACCACCGAUAACGCAAUAAAAGGAUGUGGUUGCGAUAUACGAGCGGAUGUACGGGCCGAAUUGACCGCGAUGAGACAGACGCCACAGAGAUCUGAAAUUUCAAACUUUCUAGACGUGGUAAAAUGUUCAAAACAUCCCGUUGAUUUUUCGUGCUAUUUAUAAACAUUUUGACAUUUUUGAGAUUUUUUUACUUUUUUUUUUUUUGUUUUUAUAAUCAUCUAUGCAGUGCAGAAGUGUUUUAUAUUUUAACGUGAGGUUAAUCAUUAAUUUUAUAUACUUAGUAGUGAAAAAAGUCAAGCGUAAUGUAUUAGUAUUUUUGUUUAUUUUGUUUAACGAAAAUCGUAAAAAUUUCAACCGAACUUUGCGCAGAAUCGUAUUUUGUGUGCAAUCAUUUAUCAAAAUGUACAAACAAAAAUUAAAUAACUUAAUGUAUCAUACCUUCCCAACUUACCACCUAUAUAACAAUGGCACACUUAUCAGCAGUAUUAGAUUUUUUUGGUCAUACUUUUGACCAAACUGUACGGUAGAUGAUCGUGUGAAACUUAAAUUUGGGAAGAAAAUACUUGAGGGGUGUAUUACCACCUUACCCACUCACUUUACACUUUACGGCAGUAGAGCUUAGUAAUAGGAAAAAUAAUAGUUUUUUUUUUUUUUUUUUUUUAAUUUUUGAUAUUUAUACGUAGAUAAUUGAAUAACGACGAAAUAUUAGUUAUUACAUAAAUUAUAAAUACAUACGUAUAAGUAAUAUAGAAUAACCGCCGAAAACAAAAUAUUAUAACUCGGUUACAAAACCGACAAACUUCCCCCCCCCCCAACGAGUUAUUGUUUUUAUAUAAUUGCAGAUUUUCAGAGUAUUUUAGUCGGUCUUGUGAUGUCAGCUGUCAUUCGGACGACAGAAAACAUCGGGGGAUCCGUUUGCUGUGUGUAUAUAAAGAAAUGCGCGUGUGAAAUCUGUUUUAUAUUUAAGUACGACAAAAACGUUUUAGGUAUGAGGGGGAAGUAUAGUGGAGAAAUCUUCCCGGAUUACGGCGCAUCUCCUGCAUUUUCGACGCAGAUUCGGGGGUGGGGGGACGUACAAAUAUAAUAUAUUUAUUUCAAGUUCUGUGAUUUUUAAAACUAAGCUAUUUAUAAUGUUAUUAUUAUAGCUAGUUGUACUUCUUUGGAGAAACUUUUUGUUUGACGGGUGUUAUAUGUGUAACGAUAUCGCAGCAAGUGUUCAUGACUUAUUCUGGAGUCUUUCGAAAUAAUAUAUUAGAUAAAGGCCCAUCAAAUAAUUAACAAAUGUUGUAAUUUCAAAUCAUUGUCAAUUAUCAUAUUAAAUAGUAUGAUAAUUAUUGCAAAAUAAUAGUUUCGAAAAAUCUAUUAUAUUUACUGUAACGCUUGAAAAUAAAUUAUUUUGUGAGACGUUUCGUUCUGAAAUUUAUAACUUUUAACUCGGCAUUCUAAAACUUAAUUGAACUAAUGAAUGCCAAAUUGUACCACGUGAUAGAUAUGAGCUCCGUUACCUUCACAUUCCGUGAUGGAAUUUAAAAAGCUGUCCUAAGAUAAUGGAAACGGGUACAGUUACUGUUGUAGGUGAGCACUUGGGAAGAUAGAAUAUAGACGGGAAUUUAAUGUAUAUCUGUACACGACGAUUAACAAAUGUUAACGAAAAAACAAUUCUGAGCUGAGUUCAGUUGAUAGUGUUGCUUUGUCAACUAUAUAUUAUAAUGUGUCAUAUUAUGGUAAAAUAAUUAGGUAUGUAAUUACAUAACUAUAUGCGUUAUAUAUUUUCGUUAACGAUAUUUCUAUAAUAUUAUACCUAUAUUUUUCCGUUUUCCCAUUAAUGGGGAAAAAUCCUAGGAAAACCAAAAAAUGACCUUUAAGUACCUACCCGAUCAGAUUUACUUUUAAAAAAAGUGCUAUCAUUGUAAAUCAGAGCAAAAUUGUUGGUAGAAAAGUUGUCCACAAAAAAAUAAACAUUAUUGUAAAACCAAUACAUUCCUCACUCCACUCAGAAUCUGGAAUGAGUAUAAAACCUUCCAACGUGGUUUUCCGAGUUACGAAACACUUCCCGAUAGUAUUAAAAAUUAUCAUUAUAAUAUUAUACGUACCUAUAAAUCGUUUCUCAUUUUUUUUUUUUUUUGUUUUUCAGACGUCACAUGAUGGAAGAACGGGAAGCUCAACGGCAAAUGGCCACGAAAAUGAUGCAGUCCAUGAUGGACGACCGGGACGGCGGCGUGCGGCUGGGCGCUCUGCAGGGCCUGCAGGCCUGGUCGCCGGCCGCCAUGUCACCAGGCGCCGGCGGGCCCGGCGGCGUGGGCGCGUCCGCGGUGGCCGCUCAACCGCCACCCGGGCACUUUUCGCUGUCGCAGCCGCCGGUCGCGUCGCCUAUGUGCUAAACGACAACAGUCGACAAAAUUGUAACUUUUUUUUUACCCCAUUCGGUUAAGUUCUCCUCGAUCCGAUUAUUAUUAUUAUUUAUUUAUUAUUUUUUUUUUUUUUGUAAAAAAUAAAUGUAAAAAAAAACCCCCCGCUGAAACAAUAUACAUAUCUCGUGCUCCGAAAUUGGUAAAAAGAUGUUUUAUAUAAUCGUGAAAAAAAAAAUGCGCGUUCGUGUGAUACCUAUAUAAAUAUAUAGAUAUAUUUAGUCAUUUUUCUUUUUUCUUUUUUUGUGUACAGAUAGAUUUAUAUUAUACGAUAUUCGUGUCGUACGAUUAUUAUUACGAUUAUCGUUAUUAUUACUAUUAUUGUAAAUUAUUAUUAUUAUUAUUAUUAUUAUUAUAGAAUUACGAGAAAAACGGUAUUUUGAAUAUUAUUACUUUACAUACGCGUAUACAGAGUGUUUGCGGCGAAUGAGGUCUGUCUACUAUAUUGCACAGAACGGUGAAUACCCUCGUGUGUCGCGCCAUAUCGAACAAUAAAACGGACUGAAAAACUCACCGUCGACAAUGUAAAAAGCCACGGGAUUAAGACUAACAUCAUCGCAAUAUAGAAUCAUUUUUUUGUAAAACACUGAAAUGUAAAAAAAAAAAAUUUAAUUCAUAAUAAAUUAUAUAUUUUUAUUAUUUUACGUUUCGCGGCGAAAAAUCGUCGUCAGGCAAUUUAAUUGGUUCCGAAAACCCGAGAGAUAUUCUCGUUGCGAUUGCCGAAGGCUCCUGAAAUUCGAAAUAAUUACUGAAAUCGUUGGAAAUUAUCAUUUAAUUAUACUGCGUAUUGAAAUAAUUUAAAAAUGGAAAUUUGAGUUGUAUAGGUACGAUUAAAACAAACAAAAUACAACAAUCUGAAUAUUACACCGCGGUGUUAUAACUAUUCUCAAAUCAAAUGUCGUGUUAAGAAUAAAACAUUCGAAUUCGAUAUAGUCGUACGAAUGAAUUAUUACUCGAGAUUCGCUCGUUUCGAAUUCGCCUAUUUAUCGGGAGCCAGUUCGGCAGCACAAAUUUCUCGGUGCCAUUUCAACGGUCGCCACACUUUGAUUUAACAGACUGUAGCGCCGCAAAUACCACAAAUUAUUCCAAACAUUACAGUAUUCGUCAACGUGCGAUCGUCAUUUAAACUAUAAAAUUAAAAAUUGUAUGUAUUAUAAGUAUAGGAUUCGGAGGGCUAAGGGGGCUAUAGCCCUCCAAAAUCUCUAGCCCCCUCAAUAUUUCUUACAGCUUUACAGCUUCCUUGAAAAUGAGAAUGCGGCAAAACGUUUUUUUCUUCACUCUUUUUUUGUUUUGCAAAAAUGUACGGAAUAAGUGCAGUUCAGCCUCCUUAGCCCUUCUCCCGGCCAUACGCCUAUGUUAUGUAUAAAUUAUAUACAUAUAUGUAUUAUAUAUCAUUUUUUUUAUUAUAUACUGUAUCGAUAUAUUAUUAUUACCCAUGUUUAAUGCGUGUCCAUAACACAAAACGCUCGUGUCACCGGUUAACCAUCACCACUAAAUUAUUAGUACAACGGAAAGAAAAUUGUGCUGAGAAAAACUCUUAGUCCCGAUACCCUCCCACGUACAGUGGAAGUAAAAGGUUACGUUUUACGUUCAAAGGUUUAAGUAGGCUCAAAACGAGAAUACGUUGUAACAAUAAUAAUAGGCGAGCGUCGAUAGAAAAAAAAAAAUAAUUUACAAGUCGGAGCAUUUUACGAAUGUAAAACUGCGUGUCCAGCGUCCACGCUCCUCUCCUUUUGAUAAAAGAUCCACGAGCAGGUAAACCGAACCUCCCCAAUAACCUUUGGACUUUCCCCGAUCACCUCUAAAUCAAUCAGUGUAAAUUCAAUACUAUUUUGUUGCAAAAUCUACCGAUUCAGUCAUUUAUAAAUGAUUAUAAAUUAUAUUAUUCAUUUUCUACAGAGUGGACACAUUUGUGCCGUAAGUAAAAUAUUACUCUACUGUCGGGUGUCCAACAGACUUUUUACUGCGUGUCCAUUUUGGGCGCAGAAUAUUUCCUUGAAAAAAAAUAAAAAAAUAAAAAAAUACGCCCUGAUACGAUAAUCAUAUUAAGUAUUCCCACAUCCCCUCUUCAAUAUUAACCCACGCCGUCGUUUGACGCGUAAGUACGCCGAUCGUUUUUAAUUUGUAAUGUAUAUUUAAUAUAUUAUUAUAUUAUUAUGUAAGUACACUGUGUAUAUAAAAAUACUGCAAAACCACCGAAGUUUAUUUUUUUUUUUUUUGAGUUAUUUAUAUAUUAUAUAGUUUAUAGUUAUGAUAAAAAAUAUGAGCUGUUGUAUAUAUAUAUGUAUACAUAAUACAAUUAACGAAAUAUUAAUUUGUAUUAUUAUUAAUAUAAUAAUUAAAGUCAUCAUGCCAUUUAGUUACAUUAGCAUUAUUUUUAAUAAGUGUAAUAUGUAUUUAAUUCGUUUUGUUUUUUUUUUUUUUUUUUGUAAACGACCA